CAGUUAGCGGGGGAAAUCUCCGUUAGCAGCUGUACUUUAAUGUGGUCGUCUUUUUUCAUCAGUAUUUCAUUUUUGACUUUUUGCUUUUUGAAAUGAUUUAUCUGCCAGUUAAAUCCCGUCUCCUCAUGCUGCAGCUGACCUUAAGUGUUUGGGAGGUGUAAAAAACCUGGAGGUAAUGGAAGAGAACUUUUAAAGCUGCUCUUAGGGCACCUUUUCGCCUCUAUCUCUGUCAGUCACUCUGGAUUGGAUUGCUGCUCAGAGACCUGUCCACAAUGAAAGGAUUUUCCUGGUAGUGGAUGACUCAUUUGGUGUGUUUUCCCACUUGAGACCGUCGGAUAUAGAUUUCUUGUCUUUUGUUCCACCUGCCUGUUUCACCUCUGAGGUACUCUAUAAGACUCUGGGACUUUUAUGGAGUGUGAAAUUUUUGCAGAGCCUGUGAAAUUUGGGAGAGCAAAGUAAAACAAAGCAUGGCUGAUGGAAAAACAGCAGAGUGUUGAACCUCUCUGUCCAGCGAGACAGCUCAGGUAAGAAUAUCAGGAUUCAUUUGCAUGCACAGAGACAUGAAUGAUGAUGAUCUUUAACCACCCAUUAGCAGGCGUGUGAUUGAAGAUGCGGUGCUCUACCACGCAUUUAAUACAGGUCUAUUAGUGGAAAGAUACUAUAAGGAUUAAUCUGAUUGACUCCAUUGCUGUAUCUCUAAUUGGGAACAUGGAGGAGCAAAUAAAGCUUGAACAAACAGAUAUAAAUUUCAAAUAUGAGGCUGAAUCAGUGUGAUAAAUUUGGAUCUAAAGGUCAGCAAACAUUUGCAUCAUUGUGCAUUCAUUCCUUGGAAAGAGGAUUCAUUUUGUCGAUGUACCUCUGAGAUCCUGGGUUUAUUAAGAAGCAAAAAUAACAGCCCCUUAGACAAACUCUUAUUUACCUUAGUGUUUUGAAAGUUUUAUUGAAGCCUUCAGAGUUUCUUGCUGUGAAUUUCUCAAUAUUCAUUUUUAUUUCCAUUCUGAGUGUGGUACUGCAACUUGAUCCAGUCCUGACAAAAUCUUGUAAACUUUAUGAAGUACUAUUGUGUUGUUGUUCAUUUUGUUCCGCUGUAUUUAUGGGAACUGGUGCAUUUUGGCAUCAGAUUAGUGCAGUGAACAUCUACACAAGCUCUUGUGAAGAGUUUUUAGGCAUUUAUGAAAUACACAUAAAUACUCAUUGAUACUUUUGUUGGGGGAUGUUGGGGGUGGCUUCAGCACCUGCUUGACUAACUCAGAUUUUUGUAAUAAAUACCCACAUUUGUGCACACCUAAAGAAACUAAUGCAGUCCUCUUCAAGAACAUCAUAAAACGCAUGAGCUGAUAUCAAAGACAGUGUUCCUCUGUUAAACAUGCUGAAGUAAGACCUAAAAAGACAGCCAAAAGAUGUAGAAACAAGAGACCACACCACGUGAUGUGUUCUUAAAAGAGGUUUGGCUUCAUUAACUAGUCUACACCAACAAACUGUAUGAUGAUUUAUGUGCAUAAUGAGCACAAUAUGGAAAAUAUCAAUAACUGCAGAGCUUGGUAAAUAAAAAUGUUUAAUAUUAAAUAUUACAGUCAAAUGGCACAAAAGGUGUGCUAGUUUCGCUGUUACAUCUCACACUGGUAAUACCCAAUGAAAGUCAUGUAACCCAUAGAGGCUGUUCAUAAUAUUUUUAAUGGUAUGAAACCACCAAGUUAGACAGUAUGCAGAACUUUUUGAGCAUUGAGUGGGUUAUGCAUCAGUAGUACUAUGCAGGAUCAUUCAAAUCAGUAUUGAUAGACGACAGCGUCUAUCACUAAAUAGUGCCUGAAUUAAGGCAUUGGAGAAUAAUUUAACAUGUUAUCCCCCCCACCCCACCCCCUCUUUUUUUAAUCAAUAUCAGACACACCACUGCCAGGCUUUCUUUAACACAGUAAACUUUCAGAAAAAUUACCUACAUCAAGUUUAUCAGUAAAUUUUUUUUUACUUUUAAAAUCAAUUUCAGGAUAAUAUCGUUGCUGUGGUAUUCUAUGGCCCCAUAAAUGGUGAAGUGAAAUUUUGGUAUAACGACAGUCUACAUGUCCUCAGGCUGCUGCAGACAGCUGGCUGCUCACUGUGAACCAAAAAUACAACUUUAUCAACACUAUGGGCUCUAUUUCCGUGCCUUGCCGGCGACGUGAUGCAGGCGGGGCAUAAGUCAGGUCCACCGCGCAAGUAAGGCGUGCCCACUUUGGUAUCUGGUAUAUUUUGGUGAGCGGUGCAGCCUGGCGUAAGUAUCCCCCCUCCCUAACUCAGCUCCUCCCAGUGGCGUACGUAGUAGAAAGGGAGGAGAGAAGGCAUGAAGUGGGUUUAACACAGCCAAGACCUAUUUUCACCAAUUACAUCAGCCCUCUCCUUACCUUUUCAAUCCGCUGCCGGUGAGGCGUAUUACAAUUUUCGUGAAGUAGUCAAAGAGAUCAAGAGAUGGCUGGAGACAACAAUGCCACACAAUGGUGACAGAAGGCAGCCCCCCAACAAGUGUCGCUGUAAGCGCUGCGGAGGGCAUCCUCCACACUUUCUCAUAUAAACACAGAGGGAUUUGGUGUGUGUAAUGUUGGACCCACUGGUAAGACAAACACCUGUUUCCACAAAUAAAGACAAUCACAUCAGGUUGCAUAUAUGUAAACCACACGUGACAAAGGUGGGUUGUGCGCACAGAUCACAACAUAAAUUCCAAUAAUGGCAUUAAAAUCUCAGCCACCUGUUCGUAAAGGACGCAUCGCACUCCGUGACCUUGCUGUUUCUUUCAUAGAUGUUGUUAUAUAAAAUAAACUUGGCUCACGCAACUGAAUAUUAUAAUAUUCAUAUAUUAUAAUAUUCCGGAUUGAAUAGUCACAGAACUAUAAGGACGUGAGGAAAUUAGAUAAACAGGUAAUUUUAAACGAAAGUUUGUUUUAUUUUAUUUUUGUUCAAAUUUUAGGUAAGUAAAUAACUCUUCUGGGGCCUCAUUUAUAAAACCUGUUGUAGGAUCCAUACUAAAAGUGUACGUAAGUUGAAAAGCUGAAAAGUGCGCAGGCAAAAAAAAAAUCUGAUUUAUAAAACCCUGUCUACGCACACCUGCACGCACUUUCCCUUUAUAAAUCACAGACCAGCCGGAAAGUUGCGCAGCAGGGAUUUGAUUCAUGCCCCGCCCUCUCCACACCCAAAAUUCACCAUGUUUGAUCAUGCAAAUUACCUCAUGAAUGUGAUUUGCAUAUAAAUAAGCCUGAUGGAUCCACGGCAUUUCACGCUUAACUAUGGCAUCAGCAAGUCGUAGAAAAAGAAACUUUUUAGAGACCGAGGUGGAGGUUCUCGUAAUUGAGGUGGCAGCGAGACGGGAGACCUUAUUCGGCGGCCAUUCGAGUGGCAUCACCAAUAAAAACGCUGUUGCCGUGGCGGUAAUUGCUGCUGGCACUGAGCGCAGCGUUGCCGAAACAGUGUUGUUUUCGUCAUAUUUCGUCAAAUAUUUUUGUCAACGCCAGCAUCAAAAAAGGGAAAUAUUUUAAAAUAUUUCCCUUUUUCUUCCACGACGAAGACGUAACGUUGACGAGCUAAACAUAAGUCGGAGAUGACUAAAAUGUGACGAGACGAAAGUGCGUUUACGUUGAUGGGACGAGACGAAAAUGACGAACAGAGUUGCAAAACUCAGUCAGUUAAACGCUAAACAUAUAGGAGCAGCUUCUGUCUGCUCUGACAGCUCUCAUCAGCCUGCUCUGCUCCGCCAACACACAGACACACACGCGGGCGUGCAAACAAACACAUGGAGUUUUGUUUUCGUUGACGAUGACGUUGACGAAAACAGCACUGUGCCGAAAUCAAGAAGAAGUGGUCUGAUCUAAAGGUGGAGGCAAAGGAAAAAGUGGCUUUGCACCGUCGGAGCGUGGCGGCGACAGGUGAGGAUCAGAAAAAACAAGCACGUAUGACACUCAUGCAUGUGUUCCAAAAAAAACUGCUCCGUUAUCCACCGCUGCUUAUGUGGUGAAAGUUCGUAAACCAAAAAGAUUUAGUCAUAUUAAUCUUAAAACAAAUACAUGUAAAUGGAAUUUGUUUUUCUUUGCACAUUUGUAAAUUCAAAUUGGCAAACUUUCUACACCGCCACAGUGGGGUCUGUGCUUUCUGCGAGCAUCACUGCCUGGUACAGCAGCUGCAGCUCUCAGGACAGAGAGGCCCUGCAUCGAGUCAUCCGUUGUGCUGAACGCAUCACCCGGACUGCACUGCCCGGCCUCCAGGACAACUACACCCAGCGGUGCAGGUCCAGGGCAAGACGGAUUAUCAAACAAUCUCCAUCUGAACCACAGACUGUUUGAGUGGCUGCCCUCGGGUAAGAGGCUUCGCUCCAUCAGAGCCAGGACUGAGAGGCUGAAAAGGAGCUUCUCCCCCCAGGCCACUCGGAUCCUGAACUCCUCAUAACACACACCCCAUAACUGACUUCUCAACACCCUCUGAACAGACUUUACAUUAUUAUUAUUAUGUUUUUUUUGGCACAAUCGCAGACGUCACUUUCAUUUCACUGCCACUGUACCUGUACAUUUAGGCAUGUGACAAAUAAAACUUGAAACUUGUGCUGCAUUGCGCACGACUGUCACUGUAUGGCUUUUUAUACGCGUGCUUUCCAUUAACCAAUUGUUCUCACCUUGCUCCGAUUGUCUCCAAAAAGUGCGUAAGCAAGGUGUGGAGUUUGCUUAAAGUUGCGCACAUUCCUACACUAGUUUUUCUUUUAUAAAUCCUAACUCUUGCGUAAGAAGUGGCGUAAGCACUUUCUAGCCAGGUUUUGUGCGUAAGCAAGCUUUAUAAAUGAGGCCCCUGAUCACUAAAAUAAAUCAUCUGGUCAGCCUUGCCGCUGCAGCAGCAGGACAGGGAUGGGACACAGAGACAUGUCUGGUUUCAGCUGCGUGAGGAAGAAGGAGAAAAAUGGGGAGACGAAUUAAAUAUGAAGAACUUCAUCUUGUGUGACUUUUUACUGGAUAUUUAAUUUAAUGCGGCUUCAGCUGCGUUAAUUCGCUCAGUUUGAGUGUCCAAACACGUGUCAAAUGCGCUCAUCAGAUAAGAUAUAGAUCACAAUAUAUGGAUAUAGAGCUAAGUGUAUGUGCUGACACAGAUAGUUGCACUGAAUAUUGGUUGUUGUUGACUAUUUAUUGCACUGAAAUGUGCCUGACACUUUGGAAACUGCCUGUGUGGCAUCAGUGAUGUAUGCACACUACGCCGCCCUUCUACCAAAAUACCACUAGACCAGCUGAACUCCGCCUGCGCACUUUCAAUGCCGUCAGUGAGCACAGAAAUGUCACUGCGCCAGCUGAUUCUGUCGACACCUCCCCCUACCCCGCCACCACGCCCAGCUUGGCACACCUCGGUGCGCCUCAGUCUACAAAAAUACCAAACUGGCUUUGCGCCGGGCUCUGCCAGACGAAAUUACCUCUGCGCGGGGUGCGCCACAGUCCACCAUGCCGCCAGCGGGCGCAAAAAUAGAGCCCUAUAACUGUACUGUCAAAAUGAAAUGACUUUUUUGUCUUAAUAUUUUGACAUUUUUACCGCAUAAUUCUUAAAACAGCAUGGCGUUAAUCUCUUAACAUAAUAACAGGACCUUAAAUGACUUUGUUGUUAUAACAUGAGAACUUUUUUCCCCCCAAAAUACUCUGACACACUAUACAGCUGAAAAUAAAAAGUACAUUUUAAAACCAGUAUUUUGACUUUAAUAUUUUCUGUGGAAAAUAUUCUACCUGUUCUUAAUUCAAUAUCAAACCCAUCAGUGUGGCCCAUCAACUCCCUCAUCAAUCAGCCAGCUGACUGGAUGAUGUCUUCAUUGUAACAAUCUGACAUUUUAUCAAGUUAGUUUGUUUCAGCUUGUAAAAAUAUCUCAUUACAGUUCAUUUCUCAUUUACAAACUGUUUGAAACUGCAAUAAUUUCAGGGUGCAAUACAAAUAAUACAUUAUUCUCUCUCAAACACUCUGCACUUUGGAAAAAGCUUUAUUUCUAAUAUUCUGCACUUUUUACUUAUGAUUGCAAUUUCUUAUUUAUUCUUAUGAAUUCCUAUCUCUGUUCUCCUCUGUUAAUAUUUGUAUUGUCAAGACCAAGUGUAAUUCUGUAACAACCCAAUUCUAAUUCUCAUUGUGAUUUCAACUGACCUGACAGGCCCAAGUAUAAAUCUAAUUUAGGAUAUUUCAAGCCCAAAUGUUCUUGAUCAGUUGGAAACACUUGAUAAUAAGCAUCAUCCAUAAAUGGUAAAUAGACAGUUUGUAAAAAAGUAGAUGAAUAAAAUCAAUGAGAAAGUCUAUUUACUUUGCAUGUUUUAUUGUUGAGAACAAUCUAAAUCUCUGCUGCAUAUGUGCAAGCUGUUCAAAGAGUGUUGUCGUAAUGAGGAUGUUUCUUUUAUAAGCUAUAAAACAAACAAAAAAAAGCAUUGAUAUUAUUUGACAUUAACCAAAAAACAAUCAGAGCACUUAAGAAUAACUGUUUCUCAUCAUCAGAAUCAAAAAGCUUUCAACUGGAUUAAAUUAUCUGUAAAUGUACAGUCUAUUCAUAAUUUAUUUGCUGUUCAUAGAUGAUGAUCAUUAUUAAGUGGUUCAUGUAAGUUCCAUGAAUCAGGCUUUCAAUCCUGUUCAAGAAACUUACAGGGACAGUUUGGCAUGCUGCCUUUACAACCAUUUUUACUCUUUCAGGUCAAUGAGGUCCUUCAUUAAGUUUGAAUAAUAAUCCUUUCUGCAGAGUCAGCCAUGACUCAAGUGUGCAGGGACCGCUGACAGUGACAACGGACAAUGUAGGAAUGAUUUGAUAACUCCAUCCUGGAUAGAUACAGAGUCAACAUCUUCCAUGCUGUCAGUUAUAUGAUAAAAACUAAUUUGGGGAAAUUUGCUUUUCGAUAACUUAGGGGUUACAAGUAGAAGUACACAGGACUUACUAAUUCAGAUUGGUAGAUCGACCUCUACUGGAGUAAAAUUCCCCCAAAGUAACAGUACCUCUACCUGAAUUGAGUAUUGCAGUACUCCUCCCCUCUGAGUAUCUCAUUAAAGCGUGAGUCAUCAGGGAUUUAAACCUCCUGCUGAGAGCGCUGAUCACAUGCAAGCAGCCGAGGCCGUUUCUAAAGAAAGAUGCAGAGUUGGCGAAACUUGAAAUACUGCCUGACAGGAAGCUUUUGCAUCAAAAUUAAGCUCAUGAAAUCUCUCCUUUGUGAGUUCUUCUAUAACAACGAAGAUGUCAAAUCUAAUUAAAUAGGCUUUUGUAGUCUUCCUGCUUGUUGUCCCCGACAAUGCUGGAAAAUCCUAGUAAAUGCUGUGAACACCAAAGGACCAGUGCGUGCUACAAGACACAGAAAGAUAACCAGAUGAUAUUAUUGCUAUUUCAACACUCACCUCCGACUUUUAUUUCUCUUCCUAUUCAUUCAGAUAUGACCACAGAGUCCAUGGAGCCUGUUGGAGUCCUCGUAGAGAGGGGUAUCAACACCACCAACCCUCCUCUGACCUCACAUGAGGACACAGCUGCCACCUUCACCAUCGGCACAAUCCUCUCAAUCAUGUGCUUCGUUGGUGUCUCGGGAAACAUCUACACCUUGGUGGUCAUGUGCCACUCCAUGAGGACUGCCGCCUCCAUGUACAUCUAUAUCAUAAACUUAGCUUUAGCGGACCUGCUCUACCUUCUGACCAUACCCUUUGUAGUCUGCACUCACUUUCUGCAGGUGUGGUACUUUGGAGAUGCAGGGUGUCGGAUCCUGAUCAGCAUGGAUUUCCUGACCAUGCAUGCUAGUAUCUUUACGCUGACAAUUAUGAGCACUGAGCGCUACUUUGCCGUGCUCAAACCACUGGACACAGUCAAGCGUUCAAAAAGUUACCGGAAGGCUAUCGCUCUUCUGGUGUGGGCAGCGUCUCUCAUCUUAACCCUGCCCAUGAUGGUGAGGGUUCAGCUUAAGACAGUGGGAAACAAGGUGAUGUGUCAAUCCACCUUAUCACCAGUCUCCUACAAAGUGUACCUCUCCUGCCUGUUCUGCACGAGCAUCGUGGCUCCGGGAUUGAUCAUUGGCUAUCUCUACAUCCAACUGGCACGGACUUACUGGGUUUCACAGACAGAGACUUUCAAGACGACCAAGAAACUUCCCAAUCAAAAGGUCAUUGCAUAAAACAUGGUGUACUUUGAAAAGCAUAGGAUGUCACUCUCACAUAGUUAAUGAAGAGUACUGAUUGUCAAUAUUGUCAAUUCUGUAAUAAGUCAAACACAUACAUAGGAAUGACACUGCAUUACAGUAAACAUUCAGGAUAAAGAUUGUCAAGUAGAGCCCAGAGUUUGUUUGUGCAGAGGGCAGAAGGGGCAGAAGGGGCAAAGGCUCCCCUUGGAUCAUAUUCACAAUUGUGUCUCAGAAACCUUUCAAAGGCCCAGUUUUGUUGACUCCAUGGUGGUGGGCAGUUUUUCAUAGAAUCCUGUUCCUCAUGUCUGACCAGGUCUGCAACUCAGCUGGUGAUGGAUGGAGACCCAUCAGUCUGAUCAGAAUCAGAAUCAGAAGGGGUUUUAUUGCCAUUGUCAAGUAUAACAGGCUAUGUACAACUACGCAAUACAGAACAGCAGUGCAGUGGGAGAAGUGCAAUUAAAAAACCAAGGUACAUUAAACUAAAGUGACCAGUGAUAAAGUGACAGAGUUAAAGUGACUAAGUUAUAAAGUGUUCAUGAGUCCAACGGCAGAGGGGAAGAAACUGUUCUUAUGGCGGGAGGUUCUGGUCCGAAUGGACGUAGUCUCCUGCCCGAGGGGAGUGUCUCAAAUAGUCCAUGUGCAGGGUAAGAAGGGUCAGCUGUGAUCCGACCUGCUCAGCCCCGAGUCCUGGAGACGUACAGGUCAUGGAGAGAUGGAAGGCUACAGCUGAUCACCUUCUCAGCAGAGCCCACAAUGCGCUGCAGUCUGUGUCUGUCCCUGGCAGUGGCCUUGGUGUACCACACCAUGAUAGAGGAGCUGAUGAUGGACUCGAUGAUGGCUGUGUAGAACUGCACCAUCAGCUGGUCAGCAGCUUGGCUUUCCUCAGCUGCAGUAGGAAGUACAUCCUCUGUUAGGCCUUCUUGAUGAGGGAGCUGAUGGUUGGCUCCCACUUGAGGUCCUGGGUGAUGGUGGUGCAGAGGAAGCGGUAGCAGUCCACAGUGGUGAUGGGGGAGUCUGUGAGGUCGAGGGAGGGCAGGGGGGCUGUGGCUUUCCUGAAGUCCAUCUCCACUGUCUUCUGGGCGUUGAGCUCUAGGUUGUUGCUGCUGCACCAGGUCACCAGCCGGUCCACCUCCAACCUGUAGGCAGAGUGGUUGGAUUUCCAGUUGUCUGGGGGGUGAGGGGAUGUGAGUCUUUGAAGCGUGAAUAGAAGCUGUUCAGGUCGUUGGCUAGUUUCAAGUCGUCAGUUGAACGAGGUGCUUUGGGCUUGAAGUUGGUGAUCUCUUUCAACCCCCUCCACACCGAGGCAGGAUCGUUGGCAGAGAAUCUUUGCUCCAGACGUGCGUUGUUCCUGGCUUUAGCCUAAGCCACCUCCUUGCUAAAACUGCUCAUAACUUGCUCCGCGAGCGCGCGCUCAGCCUCGUGCAUGUCCACACUUGGUGGAAUGUAAACAGAGCAGAGUAUGAAUGAGACAAACUCACGUGGCGAGUAGAACAGUUUGCAGUUUAUGAAGAGAUAUUCCAGAGAAGGAGAACAAUGUUGGGAGAUCACUGUCACGUCAGAGAACUAAGCGUUGUUGAUGUAGAAGCAGACUCCUCCACCCUUUGUUUUCCGACCGGUGAGUACACGAUCUCUGUCUGCGUGGAGGAGCUGAAAACCCUCCAGUUGUAUGGUGCAGUCCGGUGUCUGUUCAUUUAGCCAUGUCUCCGUUAAGCACAGAACACAAGAUGAGGAGAAGUCUCUAUUCUUCUUCAUCAGCAGUGCCAGAUCAUCCAUCUUGUUGCUGAGUGAGCGGACAUUGGAGAGGAAUAUCCCAGGUAAGGGCGUACGCGUGCCUCACUGUCUGGGACACGCGAGCACCCCAGCUCGCCUUCCCCUUCACUCUUUUUGGCCAAAAAAUGAACCAGUUUAGCAGCAGAUGCCAAAAAAACUGGCGUAAUGUCCGUGGGUGUUCUUGAUUUGAUGUUUAGAAGCUCCUCACGGGUGUAGGAGCACGAUGACACACGGUCAACACACAAAAACAGACAAAACAACGAGCACCAGAACACCAGGGCACCAACUCUGGGUGCCAUCUUGAUGACGUGAUGAAGGCUGAUUUAUAGAUGUUCACAGACAUUUACCUCCAUGACUUUUUCUUUGGUUAUACUCCUGACUCCUGUUGUCAAGGUCUUCUUUUGUAUGACUCUCUAUGGGAACAGGGCUUGGGCAACACUGCUGUCAUUAUAAAAAAGGAAUGGUAGCUUUUAUAUGGUAUGCUGAACACUCUCCACUUCAAGCCCUCCAUUAUCAAUCCUUCUCCUGUUGCUGCAGGUAUCUUUAACUCCAUUGCCUCCUUUCUUUAUGCUCAUGCUGAGGAAAAAAAAAAAAAAAAUUUUUCAAUUUGCUUCAUAGCAGGGAUUAAGAGAGCUUCAUUUUUCUUAUCUGUGUGAUAAACUACGUGACGAAUGCUGCCCUUCUGUCGCUCUAAAGCUAUUCAAAGAAAUCAUUUGUGCCUCUGAGAGAAGGAGACUGCAAACUGACCAACUUUGAAAAGUUCUUGUUCCUGGUCCAGGGAUAAUGAACCCGUUAGUGAUGAUGUUGGUGAUGUGGUCUCUCUCAGGUAGACAAAGCAGGGUUUGUGAAGCUCUGCUUAGCUCUCACAGUACUGAUUACUGGAGAAAUAUGACUGGGACUUAGGAAUGGAUUUGACCCAGUUUGACCUGUUUCUGAUGAAAAACUAACUACACAGCAAUUUACAGUAAAAGGUAAGUGCUCAAAACCAUUAGUGCAGCACUUAAGGUUCCAGCUUCCCCUACAGAGCAAGCAAGGGUAAUGUCAGGGUAAUUAUAUAUAUAUAUAUAUAUAUAUAUAUAUAUAUAUAUAUAUAUAUAUAUACACACACACACACACACACAUAUAUAUAUAUAUAUAUAUAUAUAUAUAUAUAUAUAUAUAUAUAGAGAGAGAGAGAGAUUUAGAUAGAUAUAUAGAUAUUAUGUAUAUUAUGUAUAUGUAUGUCUCAUAGUAAGUGACUUGCUUGCAGGUUUACGUUUUGCACAGGUAGUGCUCAGCUGAGAUCAGGUGAGAUAAUUAAUCACUGAUCAAUUCAAGUUGUAGAAUAGGCCUGAACUGAUAUUUGAGACAUCUGUAUGAUUCGAGUAUCUUUAAACUGUUUUUUGAUUUAGCUAAGAACAAUUACACUGAUUUUAUUUCUGUGUAAAGUGCUAUGUAUGCAUCAUUUAGUGAAACAUCAUUAUUUUACCCAGUUGUGACCACUUGUUUUGUAACAUUAUUGAUGAAUGAUGGUCCGACCAGUUUGUCCCUUCUGCUCUGAACUCCCUCAGGUGCUGUACCUGAUCUUCACCAUUGUGCUCCUCUUCUGGGCCUGCUUCCUGCCCUUCUGGAUCUGGCAGCUGCUUACUCAGUUCCACACUUCCAUGUCCCUGUCCUCCAAGGUCAAACGAAACAUCAACUACCUGACCACCUGUCUGACCUACUCCAACAGCUGCAUUAACCCUUUCCUGUACACACUGCUCACCAAGAACUACAAGGAGUACAUGAGGAAGCACAAGCGCUCCUGGACGGCUGGCAGCUAUUUCAACAGGAGGAGUCGAUUUCAGCGCUCCCCUCGCAGGUCUCCAUCAUCCAGCAGCCAGCAGUGUACUGAGAGCUUCAUGCUCACCCACACGGCCUCCCUGAGGACUCAUAACAGCAGUUUGUAAGGUAGGAGCUUCUAUACUCACUGAUAUUUGUGACUGUGUUGAUGCUUAUAUGGAAGACUACAUCCUCAGACUUCCCUGGAACACAUUUUCUUCUGUAUUUUAACAACACGUGUUUUCAAAUCAUGCCUGAUACUUUUGACCCCGUUGGAGUUUGAUACCAGAGGAGACAGGCAGUUGUUUGUAUAUUUUCAGACAGCAGUUGAUUUCUGUGAGCUGAACAUGUGGGACCAUAUAGGACAAACCUUUAAUAGGACAUGGUGUUCUGGGGAAACAUGUUAAGGGACAAUAAACUCAGAAAGACUCAUAAAAGCAACAAAAAUUCUUCUAAAACUGUUUCUGUCUGUUGGAUUGGAGUCUCCUUCAUCAGGAGACAUGGAUGUUUGAAAGGACCUAACUUAUACUUUAUGUGGGUCAGGAGAUUGGUAGAUAAAUGUGAAAGAGUGUCUCUGUUUGAUUUUUAAGAGCAGAUUUUAAUUUAAAAUCUUACUCAAAGAUGUGGCAGAUAUUUUGUAAUAUCAUUGUUACCCUGCACCAUCCUGCUGUGCUGUGAUGUGAUCAGACAUGUGGAGACUAACUGUAGAACACAGGGACACAAGAAACUCUCACUGUGCUUUACCAACCAGGUGGCUUGAUCUUAAUAAUUUAUACAUCAUGCACAAAAAGUGCCCAAACUUCAUGGGUUUAUAAGAUACUAAAAGAUACGGCUGUAGUGGUUCGAUGAUUUAUUACAGAGUCAUUUUGAAGUUGCACAUCCUUUUAUAUCUAGUUCUUAAACUAGAGAUGCACUGAUGCAUGAUUUCCGAUCCAAUCUGAUACCGAUACCUGGGCUGAGCGUAUUAGCUGAUAUCCAAUACCGAUCCAAUACUACUGAUGAAUGAAUGAAUGAACUGUAUACCUUGCUCUGUGAGUGAAGGCAUCAGGCUUGACAUUAGCCUUGUUAAAAAAAAAAAAGGAACAAAUUAACACAGAUAUUUACUUCAGAUUAUUUAUUAACAAAUAACAAAUUCCACAUUAGCACACAGCAAAAGUAAGUAAGACUUCCAUGUAAACAUUUAGUGCAAAAGGAUAAUCAAAAUAUGAUAUAAAAUAUAGCAGCUGAAACCCAACAAACAAGUGGCUUCAUGAACUUUGCCAAAAAUAUAAAAUAAACAGAGGUAACACUUACUGUUAACACUUCAAAAUCCAAUAUAGCAUUAUGCUGUGUUUGCAUAGUAACUGCAUGCUUUGCGUGAGGAAGUAACAGGCGCAGCAGACAUAGAAUUGGAGCAAACAGAAUCGCUGUGUUGAUGUGUAUGAUAGUAAUUAAAAGAAAAAAAGAGACUGGGAAAAAAGAGACGCUGGAUCAGCAUCAUUCAUCAGCUGUCUGAUCCAGUUAAAUUGUCAAUAUCAGAGCCGAUAUCCGAUCCAGAUAUCAGAUCGGUACAUCCCUAUCUUAAACACUGAAUCCAGCCUUUUUCCCCCAAUCUUUGCAGAUUCAAUCUGUUACAAGGAUGGUUCCUCUCCUGAAAUACAACAAAAGUUUUUAUUUUUUUUCCUAAUCAUUCAUCCACAAGAAAUCACAGUGAGUCGAAGACAUUUCACUGAAAAUCCCGCUUCAAUGUUUUUUUUGUUUUUUUUUCUACUAUUUAAAGUGUUCUCAGUGGUCUUUAAAUUGUGAUUAUUAUGUUUUUAGCCAAAAUCAGGUUACCUGUGUCAUUUUCAAGCGCUUUUCUUUUGCAGCACUCUAGCAGCUCAUUAGCAAUUCACCUCUGAGUCGUGGGUGGAGACAGUGCUGCUCUGCACCCUCCUCUUUAUGCUAGCUUGCAGCCUAAAGCUGAAAACAUACAGGAUCUGUAUUGAGUGCAUUCUGUCAGCGUGGCAUAGAGCAGUGCUGUCCAUCACAUACAGGAUGCGUAUUUGGAGCAGCAGCGUAGUGCAGCCCCGGUCAGCUGGGCUCAGUAUAGAGGAAACAAUAUGUUCACAACAGGUUUGUUUGCCUUUCUGUGGUCUAUUUCCUGCUAACUUUGAAAUACCUGAUGACAUGCUUUCGGGCUUGACAUCCUGUCUAGAACACUCUUCUCUGUAAAGCCGCGCUUGACAUGCUUCUGAUACAGAGCUGAUACACGUCAUGUGUGUGAUGCUGCAUUAGAAUGGGAAGCUAUUUGCUGUGUGAUAUGACGCUGACGUUUGGCGCUCAAUACGGAUCCUGUAUAUUUUAGCCCUAACAGAAGUAGCAGGUAACAUAGGAGCUCUCAGACACUAUUGUCUUUAGGGGCAUGAUGAAAGUUACUAUCAUGAUUAGCUUUCUUACAAGCAUUGCAAUCUGCUAACGCACAUGCUUGUUCCGUGUCCUCAUUACCUUUCCGAGUCUGGCCUGCAUAGUGGGGCUUCAGGGUUGGAGCUUGGACUUGUGACGUAGGAAAUCUCACUGUGUCUGAACCUGCUGUUUGGAUCUGCCAGAGAUUCACAGCAAUUUGAAUACAGAAAUACUCAGAAAUGAAAUUUUGCACUUAGUUUUGUCACGAUAUGUCUUGUAGCAGCAGAAAAAUGCUAUAUGAACAUGUAGACAAGAAAAACAUGAUUUUAAUCAGAGUGGGUCUUUUAGUCAGUAGUUCCCAAGCUUUUUUUUACUACCAUGCCUUCUUUUGAAGGAUGAAAAAUAUGUGUUUAAACUAAAAAAAGGUUCUGCAUUACAUGUUACCCCCUAUUUAACAAGAGGUUCUUGACUGUAACUGUUUGUUUUUUGUUAUGGGACAAUGAGUUUGUAGUUUUGGUUUCCACCAUAUUUUAACAGACCAUUCUACUUUGCUCAUGAAAACAUGUUUCUCUGAACCUCUUGAAUAUCAGGAUGUUUUAUUCAAACAUAGUGUACAUAGAUUUUUAACUUAUUGGCCUAAGAAUGAAAGUGAAAUAGAUCCCAAAUAAAUAUCUUUAUGAUUAGUCUGAUGAGACAUCUUUAUGAGUCAGUUCUGAAGCUGCAGCAUUUCUCAGCCCAUCACACCAUUCAGAGCUAGAACAGAUCGAAGUUCAUAAACCCCACAAUACCUCACGCAAUGGGACAUGACGAACGCCGUAAGACAGAGAAAAACCACAGUGCUGAUUGAGCACAGCAUGCAGUGCAUAGUUUACAGACUAAGUGCUUACAUUGGAAUCAAAUUAUAAUACUUCUCCAGUCUACAUAAUCGGACGCUGAGUCUGCAGUACAUCUUAAAGUCUUGGAUAUAACUUAGGGACAUCAUAGUAAAAUCUCUGGGAUAUGUUUUCUGAAAGUUGAUGUUACCGUGCAGAGCUCUCAAAAAAUUAAUUUCCACUCUCUACACUGCAUAUACAAGAUAUGAGCUUUUCCCUUUCUUCUUAUCUUGCAGUUUGAAUUUUUGGCAUUGAUUUAUACCCAUAAAUCCAUGACUCUAUUCAGUGUUUGUUUAACAGUUCUCAUCUAGACUUUAUCUGAUUCUACUCAGCGUUGCAUGACUGCCAGUUGCCCCACUUCCUGCAGCACAUAAAUUCUUCAGAAAGAUUUCUGUAUGUACCCACUAGUCUACAGCAGUUUUUCAUGUGAUAAACAGGUUUUAGAUUUGGGUUGCAAAGGAAGCCGAAGGACUGAGUCAUGGUGCAGAAGAAAAAGACACAGGAUGGAGAGAGGGGCAGAGGGAAGGGGAGUUGGGUGGAAGGAUGUUAUCACACACACAUUCAUACUUGCCAACAGCUUUUUUUGUUCUUUUGCCAAAAAUGACAUCUGUUAAAGCCGUGACUAAAAGUGAUGUAGGUAAUUCCAAUUUACUCCAGGAAAACAUUCAUUCGCAGAGGGGCUCUAUCUUAAGGCGUUUUGGUUGGCUACAGAUAAAACAUUGGCAUUACUUUUAAGCCCAGCACCCAGGAUGUGUGGGAACAUCCUGGGUGACCACAGGUGUGUCUUUAGUCAUAAAAUAAGGAAAGGAGGCCCUUCGAAAGUGUAGACUGUCCAUGAGUAAGUUCAUGAGCGCCAAUCUGACACAGGUUGACAGUAUGCUUCCACCAGUCAAAAAUCAGCAUGACUCCCGACAAACAAGGAGGUGUGGUAUGUGCUUCCUGUAGGCCAGAGAGCAUGGUACCAAGACAAAGUGACAGAAAAACUUUAAAGUACAAAAAGUUAUUCUGGGUGCAGUAGAAUCAAGAGAACAUUUGUUUCAGCUUUGAGUGCUUACUCACCUUCAGACCACACUGAAUAACAUUCUAAAUCACUGCAUGAGCUUCAUUAUGAGCUCAUAAUAGUGGGUUGGUCAGUUAGAGCAGUUAGAAAAAAGAAAGACAGAAAGAAAGAAACUGUACUAACUGUGAAAGACAGGAAGAUGCUGUCAUGUGUUUGACCAGAACUGUUGCAGAACUUGUGACCUGCACCUCACUUCGUGCCUAAUUUUUGCAUCAUUUGAAGUCCCACUCUGAUUGUAUUUUUUAUUUUUACUACUUAAAGUGUUCUCAGUGGUCUUUAAAUUGUGAUUAUAAAGUUUUUAGCCAAAAUCACCUCACCUGUGUCAUUUUCAAGGACUUUUCUUCUGUAGGGCUCCAGUACAUCAUUAGCAAUUUGCCUCUGAGUUGUGGGAGGAGACAGCGCUACUCUGCACUCUCCUUUAAACACUAGCUUGUAGCCUAACAUUGCCGGUGCUGCAGAAGAGGCAGGUAACACAGGAGCUAUUCAGCUUUUGGACACUAAUGUCUUUGGGGGCAUGAUGAAAGUUACUAUCAUAAUUAGCUUUCUUACGAGCAUUGCAAUCUGCUAUUGUCCUCUCUAUCUUCAGAGUCUGGCCUGCAGAGUGGGAAACCAGGGGUGGAGCUUGGAAUUGUGACAUAGAAAAUCUCACUGUGUCUGCACCUGCCGUUUGGGACUGUGAGAGGUUCACAGUGAUUUGAAUAAAGAGAUAUUUAUAAAUGCAAUUUUGCUCUUAGUUUUGCUAUGACAAAUGUACCCACCGUCAUCAGACUUUAUAAUUCUUCUGUAAAUAGUGGAUGACAUGAGACAUGACACGUGAGACUACAGACAAUUGAAUUUCCCUUCGGGGAUCAAUAAAGUUCUUCUUCUUCUGAUAUGUCCCGUAGCAUCCGGAAAUUGUCAUAUGAGCAUGUAGACAACAAGAAAAACAUUAUUUGUAUCGGAAUGGGUCUUUAAAUGAAAAAUGUGUUUGUUCAGUUUGCACUAUGCACUUCAGAGCCUUUUAAUUGUGCCCUUCAAGUUUCAUUGUAUAUCAGUUUUAUUCCAUCUCAAAUCUAUAAAACUGGUAAAAAUCUAAUAUUUACAAUUUAGUUCAUAACUGUACUCUCAGUUUUUUUAUAUUGGCAGAGCUUCAGCUGUGAUUACUUUGGUGUGUGAGUCCAAGGCUGCCUGCAGGGACAAAGUAGCAGUGAGUCAUUUAUUACUACUCUCUUCCUUGGAAAACAAUGUGCAGAGUGACACCUGCAAUAAUUCACCAGGGCAGGGACAAUGACCGCACAUGCGAGCCUGACCCCAUGGAUGUCCACACUCUGUGUGCAUUUAAAACCCCACCCAACCACAGUAAGUCAAGGGUUUUUUAAGUCUCUAUGUCUUUUCACUAAACUAUUCUAUGAAGUCGUAACAGAAUACUUUGACCAAUAUUAGAAUAAUACAUAUUUAAUGUUAUAGUUGAUUUAUUGUAAUAUGUAUAUACUGUAUGUAUUGGGCUUCAUUAUUUGUAAUCUGUGGGUUCACUUUUCACCACAUGAUCUCUUCAGUUUAUUAUUUGCACCUUUGACUGAGGAGAGCUGAGUAACAUAACAGUAACGUAUGAUAAAGGAACAUUAAUAAUUUUGUCAAUAUUGACGUUCUAAACAGGAUAUGUCCAGUGUGACCCACUAAAGCAGCAUACCUGCAGUGCACAUGGAGGCUCACCAUGAAGGUCAUUACGCAGCCCACUGUCUCCUCUGGGAAAUCACAGACUGGCCUAUUAAAAUGUGCUUUCAUUUAAACAAUUAACACCAGGAAUCAGCAGCUAUUGAAGCUUGAUUAAUGUGUCACUGUAAACUGUACAAGCUUUUAAUUGCUGUGACAUUCAAACAGUUUCAAUCUAUUGUGAUGUUAAAGCUGUGAGGCACCAAUGUGAACGUCUUCUCAUUUCCUUUUAUGGACAGAGACAUGAAAGCUCAACAAGAAGGCCAUGAUAAAAAUGAGAGUAUUGAUUGAUUUUAUUUCAUCCUACAAUGGAAACCCAGCCACUGCUAUUAACUGACCUGAGGGGACAGCAGAGAAGACAGGGCCUGAAUAUGAGAGCAAGAAGCAGUGAUAUCAUUUUUCUUUCUGUAUAAAGGAGAAAAAAGUAUUAUCUCUGUAGGACAGAAUAAUGUUACGCUGACUCAUUGAAAGUAUAAAGGCAGAGAGAAAAUUUUUGAUGUAUAUUGUAACAAUGACAUGUUAUGCAUUAUAACAGUCUUCAUAAUUGGGGGACAGACCCCAAUCCCAUUUCACUAUCUGAAAGGCAGCUUUAUACUUCGCUCAGCUCUUUACAAGCCUGUAGGAAUAACCAAAGGACGUCUCAGGAAGAGCACUUAUUACUACAGAGUCUUUAAUGAUCCAGUCUAUGCUGAGCAGAAUUGGUCAAGUACAACAAUAACUUAUUUUCAUUGAUGCUAGGAUCAGCCUUUUCUAUCCUGUGUCUUUGUAAGUUCAACCACUAAAGUUAUAUUCUACAAGACAUGGACCUUCGGGCUUCUCUGUUGUUAUGUCCCUUUUCAGACUCUCCUCUUCCGUCUCUCCUCUCCCUUCCUUCUCUCCCUGCUCUCCUCCCUCCUCCUGCUCCUCUCCCUGUUCCUCCAGCUCCUCAGCUCCUCUCCCCGCUCUCCUCUCCCCUCCUUCUCUCCUUGCACUCCUCUUUUCUUCUCCCGCUCCUUUCCUCUCUCUCUGUUCCUAUCCCUGCUCUCCUCUCUCUGUUCCUAUCCCUGCGUUCCUCUCUCCUCUCCCUGCCCCCCGCUCUCCUCUCUUCUCCUCUAGCUUCCCCUGCUUUCCCCUCUUCUCCUCUUACUCCUCUUCCUGCUCCUCUCUCUACCUCCUGCUCCUUUCCCUGCUCUCCUCGUUUCUUCUCCUGCUCCUUUCUUCACUCUUUGUUUCUCUCCCUGCUCUCAUCUCCCCGCUCCUGUCCCUGCUCUCCUCUCCCUGCUCCUGUUCUCCUCUCUCCACUUCCUGCUCUUCCCCCUGCUCUCCUCUCUCCACUUCCUGCUCUACCCCCUGCUCUCCUCUCUCCUCCUGCUCCUCUCCCUGCUCUCCUCUCCAUGCUCCUGUCACUGCUUUCCUCUCUCCACUUCCUGCUUCUCUCCCCACUCCCCUCUCCUAUCCUUCUCUCCCUGCUAUUCCCCUACUUCCCGCACUUUGCUGCACAUUGAGAUCUGAGCUGUUUGAGGGGAGGGCAGAGCACACUUUUGGUAUUACCAUGCAGAAAAAAACUGAGGAAGACACAAGAGGCUGCACAGUAUUGUUAGGUCUCAAUUAUCACAUUUUUAGCUUUGGAGAAAAGGUCUGAAGCUCUGACAUCCAGGGGCUGGUUGGAGUGAAGCCACCACUCUUCUUCAUCAGAAGGAGCUCAUUGGGGGGGCUGAUGAGGAUAUGUCCACUGCAUCUCCCUUUGGAAGUCUCCUGGGCAUGCUCACCUAGAAGGAGACCCUGGGAAACAUAGAUAAGCCCAAGAAGGAAUAAAGUAUCCAGACUGGCAUGGGGACAUCUGAAAAUAUCCAGGAAGACACAUUUUAAAGACGUGUCCAAUGGAAAAUCAUUGGUUAGGAACGUAUUCCAAAUAAUAAGCUUUCAGUCUCAAAACAUAUUAUUAAUGGUUGUUUCCAUAUAUAUCAGUCAUGGCCAAAGUGGAUGUUUGCAAAUGAGUCCCCUGACAUUGCAUCAGCACUGUCUAUUAAGAUUUUAAUGUUCAGUUGUAAAGAAACCCAUAAAUGUUUCCUCAAUAAAAUGUGCAGGCUGUAAUCAUGACAUUACAUGUUGAUGGCUGCAUGAAAACUUAAUAGGAUGUACCCUAACUCUAUGUUUUGAUAGCAAUAAGUGUUUACAUGUUUAUACCAGGAAGCAGCCAGCGGGGACAGAAAAAGGCUGAAACUAUAGGACAUUAAAGCAUUCAUCAUGGAAAAUGGAAACAUGCAUACUGUGGUUUAAUAUUCACAGCUGCAGCGAGGAUGUAUGGAAGCCUUUCUUGGAUGAGAUAAAUUAUUCUAUCCAUCAAAAACAUAAAUACUUAUCUCAUGCACAGGUCUGAGAUUGCACGGCGAUAUGUUGGCAGUGCACCAGAAGAGUAACUGUGACCAGAGAGGAUUAAGACGUCAGUUACUGACCACUCAUAAAUCAUUUUUGCAGUGUAAUAUACUAAAAAGAUGAUAAAAACCCCAGCCUCUGCUUUAAUAAGGUGACUUAAAGUAAAAUGCAUUGCCAUAAUCCAUGCAGAGCUGUUUAUGAAUACUGUCUUUCUGCUCUUAAUGUGUAAAACAUAAAACACAGUCAUCUGUCUUACACUUCCAUUGUUGUGCUGACAGCUUUUACUGCUUGCUCUUUUCCGCUCAGAUAAGUAGAGGAAGUUCGUCAGCAGAGGAUGUCAGAAACUUCAUAAAAGAAAAUAUUAUCUGAGUAACUGUUCUUUGUGUUUCAGCCAGGCUUGAGUAGAAAAAUCAAUAAUUCAUAGAAACACUGAACAAACUGUAACUUCUAUGGGCAGUUUAUUAUUCAGUGACUCAAAAUUUAUCAGAAUGUGUUAUUUUUUGGGAAGGUGUGAUUGCACUGUGGGCUGUAAUGUCAAAGAGAGAAAAAUAAAGAGUUUUUAAGCAAAGUUUUACCAAUAAUCGAGCAGUUGACAAAGAGAAUAGCAUAACUUGAACUAUUGUUUGAAAGUGUAGUACUGCUCAUUGUGUGGUAAUGUCAUUUUUUGUUUUGAUGCAAAUGCAAUGGUCAGACUCAUCAAUAUAAGCAUAAUUAUAGCCUGAUUUGGCAGACUGGAGAACUCCUUUUACAGGAUUAGUAUUUUAUUGGGACCUCCUGAUGUCAGUGUUAAGUGUGGUGCACUCACACGGGAUAAACAAAGUCUGUGAUUUAUUCGGUAAGACUGCUGAAGUGCUGCACAACAGGCACCUUCUCUCUUAACAGCGGCAGAGUACUGGGAAAUCUGUGAUGUCCAAAAUAAAUAUCCAAAGACUUUUAAAGGUUAUGUGACAAACCUGUCUUUUCUAUGAAAAAAAAAGGCAGAGCAGGCUCAAACUCAGAGGGCUCUAUUUUUGUGUUCGCUGGUGAGGCGGCAGAGGGUGGCGGACCCUGCGCAGUGGUAUUUUCGUCUGGUGGAGCCCGGCGUACAGCCAGUUAAGUAUAUUCGUGAACUGAGGCGCACCGAGGUCCGCCAAGCUGGGCGUGGUGGCGUGGCAGAGGGAGGUGUCGACAAAAUCAGCUGCCGCAGUGACAUUUUCAUGCUCGCCGGUGGCAUAUAAAAUGUGCUGAAAGCUCGCCAAUUUAAAUCUGGUCAGCUUUCAGCGCAGACAGAGCGCAGCUGGUCUAGUGGUAUUUUGGUCACAGUGUCAGGCACAUUUCAGUGCAAUAAAUAAUCAUCAACAACUAAUAAUCUGAGUCAGUUCUUUCACUGUUCCGCACUUUUGAGUUCACACAGCUUUAAAAAUAAAUUAGGCUCGACAUCGAGAAAAGUAGCUAUCAUCAGGUUGGGUAUGACUGAGUAUGUUUGUUGAAGCAGUGAAAAUAAAAAAAAUAAAAAACAUAUACAGUAUAUUUUAUCUGCUUAUAUAGUUUGUAGAAUUGUGUUUUUGAUUUUGGCUCAAUAAAACUACAUCAGCAUCUAACUUUGACAUUGCAUGUUGAAUGACAUUUCUUUUACAUUGUUGGGCUUGAGCCAAUGUGGAUGGAGCAAAAAUGAACAGUGCAAAUUCUGUCACCUUCUAUUCAGCUAGCUACUAUUUUAACCCCCUGCCUGGUACCAUAAUCACUCUUGGUGACAUUAUCUUAUAUUGUCAAACUUGUUAAAUACUGACACCACUUCAUUUUAUGUUAAUGCAAAAAGUGAAUAUAAAACAACACUAUCAAAUCCUCCUCCUAACCUUGAAAGCCUUCCAUAACCUUGCCCCUCCAAACCUGACUGAACUCCUCCACAUAAAUAGCCACUCUGCCCUCCACCUCUGGAUUUCCUUCCCACUGGACAUACGUAACAUAACACAUUGGCCUCAUUUAUCAAGCUUGUAUACGGCAGAAAACUCACGUACACCAUGCGUAUGCAUGCAUUAUUAAGUUGUAAAUAAAAUAAAAUAAAUUUGUUAUGUCCUUAGUGAACAGGCCUGUUUGAUGACUCUGCCCAGAAACACUGCCACAGGGCAGGAGCGCCAUUUUAACAUUGCGCGCACAUGCGCCACUGUGGAGCACUGCAUUUGACUCCUAAAAGGCAGGUGUCUCUGUCUUGGCCCAGCAGCGGGGACGUUGUUGUACCCUCCUGAAAGGGUGUGGGACAUCAUUUGGGCCAGUACAGUUUUGCACAAUGUUGCACUGGCGAAUGGAGUGCUGUUGGCUGUGCUGGUGCAACGUGAGGACCUGAUGCCCGGAGAACAAUAACGAGGAAAGACUCCAAAAAGGUGCUGUACAGAGGAGACAGGACCUUAUCGAUGGAUUCUGACAUGUAAAGUAUAAGUUUAGAAAGUGCUCUGGCUAUUUAAUCAGUGAAAUCCAAUAAUGCAGAAUCCAAUAGAAAUCCAUAAAAAUGUGCCUCAGGGGCAGCAACACACCAUUUGGUGAUGUUAAUAAUUAUUUUUGUUCAACCACUCUACAUUCUGCUCUACAUUACAAAGACGCAACAAAUUAAAACUAAAUACUUUCAAUAAUAGGAGCAACUUACCCUGUCUCAUGGCAAUAAAAAAAUAUGAGGCAUGUAUGAGAUAUUAAUUUAUCAUCACAAGCAACUUAUUGACUGAUGAUUUAUUCAAACUUCAGCCACUGUCCGCUAUUCCGCAGCAGCGCUGUUCACCGCCACCAUAAUCCUGCUCCAGACAGGAGUUUUCUGGACUGCUUUCAUACCAGUUUUGAUGAAAAUCCUUGUUAGUUUCCACCACAGAUGUAAGGAUAUCCACUUUCAGCUCGGAAAAGUUUCGAAUCUUUCAAAUAUUUCUCCUCUUUCAUGUUUGACCUCAGUGAGCAAGGCUUCUGAACCACGACUAUUUAGGGGCGUGACAUGUUAAUGACAAUUGAUUUCAGCCACCGCAUUUUUCAAGACCCGACCGUAUGUACACUGGGAUUAGUCAGAUACGAACCCUUUCAUAAAUCUCAUGUGUGUCCUAUCGUACGAUGAAUCCUGCACUCAGAUUUGCACUCAGUUCUACGCAAGAUUGAUAAAUGAGGGCCAUUGACUCUUUUUGAAUUACACCUCAAAACCCAACUGAUCAAACAAACAUACUCACCCAGACUGUUUCCCCCGUUUUUACAACUGUUACAUCUUUCAACUUGUUUUUUCACUGUUUGUUGUUUUCUGUGUCUUGUAUGGUGCCCUUGGGUGUUUUGAGAGGGGCGUAUAAAUAAGAUAGGAUAAGAGGAACUUAAUUGAACCCUGGAGGGAAAUUCAGUGUUUUGAAUAAAAAUUUAUUUUUAUUAUUAUUAUUAUUAUUAUUAUUAUUAUUAUUAUUAUUAUUAUUAUUAUUAUUAUUAUUAUUAUUAUUAUCAUUAUUAUUGUGUUUAAAUUAACAAAUAACAAAUUAUUAUUUUAAGACUUUAAAUAUUUUAAAAAUGGACUGGAACAAACAUCCUUCAAACCCUCCCUCAGGCUGUUCCUCAAGCACUUAUUUAGAUACAGAAAAGCCAUCUUAAGAUUUGAAAAAUGAUUUUUUUGAUGCAUUUAAGACUCAUUUUAUUCAUUGAGAUGAAAAUUAGACAGCAGGCAGAUAUCUACAGAGCCUGCAAGUUUAAGACACAAUAGAAACACAAAGCGUAACAUUAAUGUGUUAUUUAGCGGCACAACACACAGUAAUGCUGCAACGAUGGACAGGAAUAGCCAUAACUGGAUUUAAUUGAAGUACUGUAUUCAGAACCAUGAUUGCAAUAAGACAGGUGGAUUUGUGUGGUAUCAGCAGUGUUGUGAGCGUUGCAGCAGACUGUUGUGGUAAAGAGAGAGCUAAGCUGCAUGUUUAAGGUUUCGAUUUACCAGUCCAUCUGUGCUCCAACCCUCACUUGUAGCUAUGAGCUCUGGGCCAUGACUGAAAAAGUGACACAGCUCAAAUUAGUUUCCCCUGAGGCUGACCCACUCAUUUAAACCUUGAGCCUUGAACUAUGAAAUCUGGGGAAUGAGGAUCAUGACAACUAUUGAAAACUAGAGAGACACUAUCCAAGAGGGCUGUAUUCACCAUGAAUACUUAAACAUACAUAAGAUAGUGUUUUACACCCUGAAAGCAUGUUAAUGUUGUCAUUGAAAACACAUCAGCAUGUGCUCAAACCAUAAUUGAGUCUGAUGCUGAAGUUUAAUGAACAUCAAAGAACUAUAAAUGUUUGUGUGUGACAUAAAUCAUCAUGUAUUCACAGCAUUUACAAGCAGCAGUGCUCAAAUCUCGCCCCAUAACCUCAGGAGAUUAAAGGAAAAGCAGCUUUGACCGCUAUCAGAGCCAGCGUGAAAUAAUCAUUUCCUCAUAGAGCAGACGCCCUCCAUCUAGAGUUAUAAUUGCUUUAAUUCCAUGUCUUGAGCGGCUCCUCUCUAAAGCCAUCCUAAUCUGUCACAGGCUGUGCUGGAGCUUAUUACAGAAAUAUUGAUGGAGGAUUCAUUAACAUGGUUAUCAUUUUAUAGGCUAUUUCCUGUGGAACCUCCAGCUGCCAAAUGAAAUAGCGCUCAGGUUGACGGUCUAUCUGGAGAGUGAGGCAGAGGUCACAUCCACAGAGGUCAAGAGACAUGAGCACUGUGUCAUCCACUUCCUGUCAUGAUGGUAAAAGGACUAUUGAUCUCCCAGCCAAAUAUCUUUGAGCCGAUUACAUUGACCCGGCUCAUUUUGGGAAUUGGAAACUGGAAUUGCUGCUCCCUUUUCAUCCUCUCUCAGGUGAUAGGAAGCUUUGCCUGUAAUAACAUCAGACUGUAUUGUCUGGAAACGUCCACACUGUGAUCAAUAAGCACCUGCUCUGCUGUUCUACAAGAUUAUAUAGAGACCAGGAUUGAUCGAGUGCCCCCUUAUCAGGGUUCAUGCUCUGUCACCCUCCAUUAAGAAAGGUCUUCAGAUGAUGAAACAUGGGCUUUUAGAUGAUUUGUUGCACAAAAUAUAUGACACAUUCCUCCUUUUUUCUGUGGAUCACACUCCUUUUUCUUUUCGGAUUAGAGCGAACAGUAGACAUUUCAGGACUUGACUGUAAGUAGCUUGUGCAUCAUGCUUUCCUUCUUCCCACUCUCAUUAAUUGACAAUGAAUGAUGGUUCGUGCAGAGCUUUGCUAAGGUGGCACCUGAGUCUGUGACAGCAAAUGACAGCUUUUUAUUUUCUGUUUCCCUUAUGUGAAGGAGCCCUUCAUGCAUCAUGCAAUCAAGCUCCAAUUAGUAAUACAGUAUAGGUGUAGGUUCUCAUUUCCAAAGCCUCAGUACCUGCAUACUAAAGUUUUCAGGUUUUUGCAAUGGUUAAUGCUGUUAGUAAAAUAAAUAAAAGACACUCUUGAACCUGACACCUUCCAAAAUAACAGUGCCAGAUAUUCACAACCCCUCAAUGUGAUUUAAUAUUGCCCACAGCUCCUGGCAUGCACUUAUAGGUCAAUCCAAACAUAGACAUGAAAACAACACAACCAUUUGACCAUACAAGGACUUUAUAACAGUUCAAUUAAAGGCUAGAGGCAGAGCGUCAUGUGCUACGGUAAAUGACUCUGCUUUUGGUAAUCUGUCAUAAUCUGUCAUAAUAAUUAUGUGGCAACAGAGAAAAGCAGAAAACUGAAGAAAGUAUUUAUUUGCAUGAUUUCAUAUAAAAUUUUGCCACAAAUGUUGUUAAUAUUUUUGCAAGUAUAACCAAAACCCCUUAAUCUUCCCUGUCAUACUCAGAAUGAUGUGGAUAAUGUUUUUGAGGAUUCAUUUUCUCUUAUAAACACCCCAAUGAGACUCAAAUCUGCCUUGGCCUACAGAGCAUGCUCCACAGUGCACAUAUAAAAAGCAUACAUGUGUUGGAGGAAACUGAGUGGUAAGGAAGAGGAUGCUGGAAAUUGAAAAAGACAAAGCUUUCACAUUGAGCUGUAAAGUUGUCCAUGUUUUCACCAUUCCAAAUAUCACCAGUUUUCCCUCUGCCAACUUGUUGAUUGUUUUGGUGUGCAAUAUGGCACUGUAGUAACUAGCAGAUAGGGGGCAUGUCCUAACUUACCCUAACAGCCUGUAACCUGUUCUCCACUGAUGUCUGCAGGCCCGGGCAAAGACAGCAGUUCAAUUAAAUCACUUAAUAAAGCUUGAACUGUAUUGAUUUAGCUGUGCAUGUGAAUGAAAUCAGACCAAAAGCCCCUUGGUGGUAUCAAUAAAUACAGCCAGUAUCAAUAAAGUCAAAACCCACCAUGCUAGGAAGCCUUCCAAAGCCCUUAAUGCUGCAUGAGAAAAAGAGAGGAUGGAGGGGAGGAGAGUGAAAUCAGAGGAACAAUGAAAGUUGUGGUGUGGCUGGUGAGUUGUGAGGACCCAGAAGCAGACACAGAGACAGAGAUCAACUUAAGGUGUAAUUUAAUGUCCAAACAAAGGUUGUAAAUGCAAAAAGAGGAAGUCCUGUAGGCUGGCUGGCUGGCUGUCGUGUGGGCUGGAGACACUGCAGGAAAAACCAGAGGAGGGGUAGGUAAGUGAACAUGCACAGAAUCACGAGGAGCAAAGUUACAGAUACUCUUACAAAGAGGAAGGCCAGGAGACGCGUCUGUACCGCUAGGAAGGGUAGACAAUACUCAGGCGCUGAGACUGAGGGCUGCAGGCUUCUUAAAGUGCCUUGAUUGGAGAUGUGGAGCAGGUGUGUAGUCUCACUCAGCCUCAGCGACCUGGGGAGGGGAGGAAGCUCUGGAAGAGAGUAAAGCCGGACCAGGCAAACAAGGAAACACAGGAAGUCCAGCCAAAAUAAAACAAGAUGAGGAGGCGUCUCACCACAGAAAGUCACUCGAACAGAGAAAAAUGGAUCCUUACUCAGUCACUAAAGGAUGCCUUGAAACAGAUCAGACACAUACCUUGGUCCUUAAAAGAGACUAUAAAGAAGUGUUUGACAUGAGUUUCCUCAAAAAACUAAUAAGAAUAACUGCCAUUAAAUUAAUACAAUUGACCUCAAGUUUUGAUCUGUGCAUUUCCAGACUUAGACCUGACAAUACCACGAGAUAUAUAUAAUUGUCAAUGAUAUAUCUAUCUAUAUAUAUGUGUGUAUAUAUAUAUAUAUAUAUAAUUAUAAAUAUAUAUAUAUAUAUAUAUAUAUAUAUUUAUAUAUAUAUAUACAUUGUGUUGGAGAGGGCAUUUCAUGGUGUUUCAUGUAAAUCUGGAUUGUUCAUGAGUGCACUCUUACAGUACUUUUUCCAACUUACGCCCAAAGAAGUGGUUCAAAGAAUCACUGCAACAGCAGAUAUUAUUCAGUUUAAUCAGGCAUGUCAGUUUUUCCAUGAAGUAACCAAACCCUUUACAAAACACUGUAAUAAAAAGAAGCUACUGCAGGAUCAGUUCACAUCAAACCCCUGUUGCAAAAUCCCUCAGGAAUUUAUAUCUAGCUUAAUUAUGCACAACUAAUGGAUAACCAGCUGUUGUACCUUUGGGAUUUUUAGUGGUUCAGUGACAGCUGUCUAUUUUGGUCAAUGAUGAAUUCAGUCUCAGUCUUGACUAUCAUGUGAAGGUACUUCAGUAAAUGCACUGUGCUCUAUAGGCCAAUGAAAAUUUAAUAGAGAAACUUGCUGCAGUGUGACAGUCUGGGUACAGUGUAGGUACAGCAGGACUCCUGCUGCUUCAGAGAAUAAAAAAGCUCUGCUGCAUUGUGACUUAAGUGUGAACAAGAUUCCUGAUCCUAACAUUGCAUAAAAAAGGCCUUCGAAUCCCCAAGCAGCUGAGAGGUUGUUUUUACCGAGAAUGGAGCACUGGGCUGGGAUCAAGAGAAAUAAAGGUAGACAGAGUACAGUAAGAGAGGGCGAGGACACGAUUUUUAUUUUAAGGUAAGAGCAGCCAGGUUUAUUUCUGUUCUUGUUUUAGAAGACAGAAGAGAGUAGAAAGAAGUUAGCACUCUAUACAUGGAAAAAAUCUGAGUGAUGAAGUUGAGAGAAGAAUAGAUGAGGUUGGGAUUAUAGUUUUCGUGUGUGUGCGUGUGUGCGUGUGUGUGUGUGUGCGUGUGUGCGUGCUUGUGUGUGUGUACGUGUAGAGCAAUGUGACAGACCCAGGACAGGUGUAUGUGUGUUUAUAGACCACAGGUUCUCGCCUGCACACUUGCUUGUAAAUACUUGUUGACCCUGAAAUGAAGUGUCUGGCAUCUGAGAACAAUUUUGCAGCCCUUUCUGGAGGAGGGGCAUUACACCACUUACACAAGUCCCCACUAAGACUCUGAAAAUCAGCUGUGGACUCAUUUGUAUCAGUCUGUGCAUCCUGCAGCCUGCUUUUGUUGUAUUUCCCCCUCCUGCUGUGUCUCUUUGUGCUCCUGUCCUGUAAUGAUGAUGGAAGCAUAGGUUUUCAUAAAAGACGAGGGUGGUACAGCUCAGUGGAGGAUUUAGCAGAUCAUUUAAAUGCACAAACUGUAACAGGACCAUGAAACUUGGACAUUAUUUUCUUUGCUUUUCAUGGCUCUCAGGUGUCGACACAGACUUUGUGAGGGAGCCUUUUUUCUGCAGAGGUGUCAGUCUUUAUGAAUAAUUGUUGCACCUUGUGGCAGCAGGAAAUGGAACUGCAGGGCCAUCAGUUUUCAGUGUUCAGCCGGUGUCCUGGGUUGGAUGCUGACCUUGUAAAAUGAGCGAUAUACCUUUUAAAACAGCUGAAUCUGAUUGAUUGGACCGUGGUGCUGUCCCCCUGACAGUAAACAUUUUCAGCAUGCAGUCAUAUUUUUAACCUGCUGGCCAAACACAAGGUUAGAGCAGGAUGAUUCUGCAAAGGGCACUCCAAGAUCAUGAAAUGGAAACAUUUAAAGAUUUAAAUCUGAUCCACUCUGGUUAAAAGAAAUGUUUCAUGGUCAAAUCAUACAAUCCCAUCAGUGCAACAAUGGCAUUUAGUACAAACCCCAACCCUAUUGAAGAUGUGAUAUUGUGUAAACAAUUAUGAGUAGCCUUUUCCACCUAUAUUCAAUUAAAUACUCUACAAAGACAAGAUGUUUAACCUUCAAACUGAUAAACUUGAUCCGUUUUUGCAAAUAUUGGCUCAUUUUGAAUUUCUAAAAAGUUGGUUCAGGGUCAACAGAAGUCUGGGAGACUUGAGGACUGCUCCAAAAACACCUGUUUGGAUCAUUCCACAGGUGAACAUGUUCAUUGAAAGAAGAGGAGGGUCAUGACUGAGUGUAAAAGCAUCCCUCUUAGUUACUCCAUGAGCUUUCUCAGAUCACACAUCACACUCUUAGGAUGUAGUAAACUUUACUGUAGUCUGUUACAACUUUCUAGAUUAUUUCAUCUUUUCUAUCAGGCACAGAUUGGCACUUUCAGAGCAGAGACACAAGUUUUUUUUUUAAUGUGGAAAUACAAGUAUGACUAACUCCAAUCACUGUAGCUUCAUAUGACAGCUUGAUGUCUACCGUUUCAUGGCUCCUGGAGCAGAUCCCACUAAAUUAUACCUGAAGCACACCAUUUUAAUAUGAUUAGUUGUAGCUCUGCUUUUCUGCUGUGGAAAAUAUGUCCUUGUCCUUGAAAUUGAAUUGACUGCAGUAUUGUCCUGAGGAGACCGUCCUCAGGAGGCUCUGCUGCUGGGAUAUCAGACAGUGGGCACAGGACCAGGGUUUAGAGGCUUCACAGCGAUCAUGUCAAAACGGAUGCAUUAUUUAUCAUGGAAAGAGUUCUUCUGCAUCAGGAGCGUUCUGCUGUAAUGGCCUCCCCAAGGCCGGGCGAGGUGACGACCUGAUCGCUCCAUACCUCAGUGCUCUUGUCCUGCUGCAGGAGCGUGUUUGAUCAUGCACCAGGAAGACUCCAAAUGAGGAGGAUAAAUUAUUCAAACAAACCUGAAACAAAGCGCUCCUUGUUUCAUUCCCAGGAUCCAUCUCACUUUCUGCUGAGCCUUUUUUAACCAUUUUCUUCUCUCCUCUGUCUCUUGUCUAUCAGUUCACGUCUCGAUCCCUCUCGUGCUGAGCUUGUGAGACUCCAUCUGCUUGUCCAAACACAGAAAAUCAAUCAGGCUCAUUGAAGGACGGUGAACACAGACACCCUGAAGCUCUGUUCACAUGUUUUAGUUCUCGCUCUCAUCACCAGAGGAAGAACGAAAUGGUAUCCAUGGGAACAAAGAGGUUUUCCAUUUCUGGGAACCACAAUGUAUUUGCAUUAAUAUGUGCGUGUCUGUUUACACACACGCUGCAUGAACUCAUCUGCUGCAGUAAAUCCCAGUCAGAGAAGUCGUAUAAGGCUGAUAGAGUCAAUAGGAUGUCUGGGUGUGUGCUCACUGAACAGCCUGAGAGUAUAAUCCAUAUCUACAGCUCUCGCUCUGUCUCAAACAUUUACUCUACUCGGCCAAAAGCAUAUGGACAGAUAAGGAGAAGAAGAACAAAAUAUUUAAAAGUUUUCACAAACACAAAGAAAAUCACAAGAUUUCAGACCAGAUUUAGGGGAUUUCAGGACAGCCAAGAGUGCACAAAAUUACAGAUUUUAUUUUUUUACAGUGCAAAAUAUCAACAGCCAAGUGAGUUUAAUGUGAUACACAGAGAUAACUCUGGGUUCUUGUGCAAAGGUGUUUCACUUGAAGAGUCUCCCUUGUCUUUUAAUGCAUUGUUGGGGUCCCUUUCAAUGGACUUCCUUUAUUCAAUUGGGCAGGCAGCUGAGCUUGCACACCUCACUGCAGCCUUUUAGUCUGGUGGUGCAGUGGACAUCCCUGUCAUGACCCUUAGCAGUGAAGGACAACUUGACUUUAUGCACUUGAGAGCGCUAAAUCCUCGCCAAAACCCUGAGGUAAUCAAAAACUUUGAGAGGUUUUGCAUACAACCUUUUAAAAACCAAAUACAGAGACCAGGAAAUCUUCAGCAUUACUACCAUAUUGUAUUCAUUACACUUAGACCGUGUUUUGUUUUUGCUUUUGAACCCUUUCUCUUACCUUUCUCUUCUCUCUCCCUGACAUCCUUUCAAUCUUCAGAAGUUGACAAUCCUCCGGUUCAGCUGUGUGUUUACAACACUGAGACUGAAUACAAAUAUGGCAUCGUCCUUGUCAAGUCACUAAAAGUCAACAAAUAACCAGAUCAAGAGUUCCAUUAGCUGCAAACACCUAAUGCUCUCUGUCUAUUUACACUCCAUGCUGUUUCAUCUGGUUUUAGAGCUCAUGUUUAAAGCCCUGUGAGAUGCUGCGGCCCAGGUUUGGUGUGCACACGGUGUGGACAGAGCUGUUGUUCACAGAACUUUUAGGCCUGAGCCAGCAGACAGUGUUCAAAAAAGACCCUCGUGAAUGUCCUGUGGUGCAUUUCAAGGACCACUUUGGACUAAAAAAUGAGACACUUAAAAAAUGUUUAUCCUUUGACUCAUUGUCACCUUUCACCUUCAAAUCUCCGCUGUACCGGAGCCCUGCAGUUAGUGAGCUGUUUUCUUCUGUCUCUGUAGUUUUACUUUGGCCCUUGGAUGGUUUGGAUGUGAGUGUUUUAAACAUUCAGGGACCAAAUAAGACUCCAAAUAACAAGUACUAAACCGCAAGUUAAUUUAAUUGAACUGCACAUUUGAUUGGUUUGCAUUUUGAAGGUGUCUAUUUAUGCACUGCAUUUAUUUUGAUUGUGUUUAUUUGAAGUGCUUUAUAAAUAAAGAUGAGCUGAGAUGAAGUGAUCAACUAAGGUCGCUUUCACACCAGAGCUGUUUGGUCCGCUUUAAACGGACUAGAGUUCAUUUCCUCGGAUAGUCUGCUUCGUUUGGGCAGGUGUAAAAGCUCAUCUGAACUCUGGUGCAGACCAAACAAGCGAACUCUGGUCCACCUGAAAAUGUGGGUCUCGGUUCGCUUGCAAGUGAACCCUGGUUCAGUUCGUAUGCAGUGUGAAAGCUCACCGGACCAAACACAGGACCAAAUGUCAUAAUGACGCUAUACGCAGUGCAUACGCAGUGCAUCUUGGGUAGCGGAAGCACGGUGUCCCUUGUUGCAAUGGCAACAAGUGACCAUUGACAUUAGCAGUUGCUAGCUAGCUUAGCUCAAUUGUCUGAACAUCAAUAACCCAUAAUUUUACAAUUUGGCAUAUCUAAACAAAAUCAAAUCACAACUACCAACAGUCACAGUCCUUAAAGUCUGAGCUCAUAUGUUGUCACAUGUUAGAUCAUCAAAAUUAAAAAAAUAACAGGAUCAAUCCCUGACAAGCUACGAUAGCAUUAUAGGAACAGUUGCAUUCACUAAUGUUAUAGCAAUCCAUAAAAUAAUGUGACGAAGCACAAUACAAGACGGCUAGUCCACCCCUGUUUGUAAUUCGUGAGGUUACAUACCCUCAUACUUCGUCCAAUCAACGAGCGCCCCUUUCAACCACGUGAUGCUGCUCGGAAAGUUCAGUGUGCUUUAGAAAUCACAGUAUGAAAGCAGAACCGAAACAAGUGAUAAAUGCAACAGUGUUGCGACUUUCAGCUCCCUAAUCGAACGGAGUCUGCUUGUUCAGGUGUGAAAGCGACCUAAGAAGACCUGCCCUCAUGACAUCAGGUGCAGAGACUGUGGAGAUGGAGCUGUUGAAAGAGGCUUUUGUGUGUUUUGCAGGUGAAGAGUUUGGGCAGAAAGGAGACUGACAGUAGGUAAAAAAUAAAUUCCUGAUUACAGGUUGAGCUAAAGCAAAGUCAUCUGAGAUAAGAGAAAGUACAAUACAAGGAGAAAAAAGGUGAAAUGAAACAGACCAUUCCCACAAAAUUGUCCCAAAUCAAUUUGAAAAAGCUGAAAACAGUCUGCAGCUCUUGAGGAUGGGUUUUAUUUAUAGCUUAGGAGGUGCUGCUGUGUCCUCUGUGGUGUGGGGGAACUCGGGCCACUGUCGCACAAACUAGACAGCUGGUCGUGCUAUAGGGGAGGGACACAUCAUGAAAGAAGAAAACCUCAGGUAGAAAACUAAGAGUAGCGAACAGAUGAAAGGAAGAUGACAUUCAAGUCAGUUUUAUUUUUCUGUAUUCCACAGUAGCUGUGAGUUGUCCACAAAUAUAGACCCAGAUAUAAUGACGCUUUAUCAACGUGUUUUCCUGCCCCUUUUUUCCAAAGGUGUUAGAUUUGAACAAAGUAAAAAAAAAUAUAUAUAUAUAUAUAUAUAUAUAUAUAUAUAUAUAUAUAUAGAUAGAUAGAUAGAUAGAUAGAUAGAUAGAUAGAUAGAUAGAUAGAUAGAUAGAUAGAUAUGUGUGUGUGUGUGUGUGUGUGUGUGUGUGUAUAUAUAUAUAUAUACAGUAUAUAUAUAUAUAUAUAUAUAUAUAUACAUUCAUUUAAACAAAUCAGGCCCUUUGUGUGAAACUAUGCUUUUAUUUUAAAGUAUCCCACUUCUGGUCGCUUGUAAGUCAUUGAACUGAAAGUGUGUUUGGAAAAUGUAAAUGUCUCUUUUAAUUAUUAACCUGAAGAGGCACAAGCUUUACAGUUUUUUUUUGGAUUUACAAUAUACCUUUUGAAUGUGUCUCAUUAUCUCAACAAAUGCUACAGCUUGCUCACCAGCAGCUGCUGCUGCUUCUUUAUCUGACUUCUGUUUUAUGGCAUUUGGUAACCAGCACAAAGAACUCACAGUGUUACUGUAUGAUUAUUCUAAACACAUUUUCUUUUUUUUUUUUUCUUUUUGCUUGUUUGUUUAUUCUGGUCUAUUGCAACAGCUCUGUUAUAUAUGUAUCACAAUUAGCUAAACACAUUGGUAUGAAUGUGCUCUAAUUUACAAUAACUUAUAUUUAAUCCAUAAAUAUGAUAUGAAUACAUGGAAAUUGUAACCUGAGAUAUGAAAGUGCAGAGCUACUAUCAUGCUGAAGUGAUGGAUGAUUUUGACAAACUGGCAUUAAAGGGUCUGACCGCCUCUGGAUUAACAUCAGUGUGCUGGUGUCUCCUCUCAGCCUGGUGCUGUUGUAGUGGUCAGUAAGCUGCUGCAGUUGAUUCUCUGAGUCAGAACCAGCUGAAGUGAACUAGUCUCUGAAAAAAAGAGCUGAACCGUCAGGAUUUGGGUUCCUCUGUUGAGAAAAUCAGUAAACUUGAUUCUUGCCAAACAUUCACUCCAGUUUCUUUCUUAACUUUGUAUUUGCCAAAGUCAACAGAGAUAAUUGAUCGUUAAAUAUUUCAAUCCUUGCUGCACCUCAACAGGCCUGCAUUUCCCAUACUCAUGCUUUAUUUAUGAAUGAGUCACAGUCUGAGUAUUCAAGGCUUGAAUAAAUUAAUCUGUGUGUCCAGUCAGUGAAUGCAGAGUGUACUGUAGAGAUAUCUGCACUUUUCAUCUGUGUCACUGAGGAACCAGCGGAGCAAGCGGCAAACACAAGGACAUGACAUGGGUAGAUUACAUUUAUAAUACAACUCUCUAAUUGUGGUACUGGUCUAUUUACAUAUUUCUAUUAAGUAAGUGAUUAUAACUUUCACUGUUUGUCUGCUUCGUGGCAAAAAUAUUUAAGAUGCGCAUUUUGUUGUUCUUCCUUUGUUGACUGCCCAGAGUCGUUUGCAUGCACAGUUAAGUCAAGCACUGGUUAGAUAUACUGGACUGCUGUUAUCUGCUGCAGUGAGUGGCGACUCAUUGGGUCACUAAGUGAAAAGCUGGGCAGAAAAGGGUUGAAUGAAGUUGUAUGUUGUGUUUUUGGUGUGACAUGAAUCAAACUAGUUUCAGUGUCAGCUCGCUUUUCAGAGCUAGGUGAACGACACAGCGUAGCUCAGCUUUUAUUUCUUCACAGACCUACCUCUGACCGGCUCAUGUAAACUCUUAAAACACUCGGGUAUAUGUCCAAUCUGAAAGGUGAUCAGACAUCUGCAAAUACUCUCAUUAUAUUGAAAACCUGAAACACCUCAGUGUGAGCCCAGGAAUGGAACGCUCUGACCUGCUGCAAUGGGAUCACUCUGCAGGGAGUGCUAUAAAUAUAAAAGUUACAGUCUGUGGAAAACUGACAAAAGAAACAACAAAAAAACACUAUGUGCUAAUGGACUACAUCUGUGUUACGCUGAAGUGGAAUAGACAAACAUUCAGAUGUUUUCAUAAGCUACUGUUUUUCAAUUAAGCUGAUUUUAAUACAAAUCUUUGUAGAUCUGAAAUUACCAUCCAAGUAGCACCACAAUAUGAAGAAUUUAUCAAGAAGUUUAAUCUUUGAGGGUGAGUGGAGGACUUUAACACACAGAACAUGGACUUGUGAGGACAAUGAGGUUAUGUGGGGUAGCUCAAGCUUUAGAGGGUGAAACAUUGGGAUCUUACACAGGCAGGAAAGUUCAAGGUGUUUUUUCUGUGACAAACAAGCAGAAUCUUUUUAUUUGCCAGAGGGAGGGGUAAAUGCACAGGAACAGGUACAAACACUCUGAGGUGUUUCUGCUGUAAGGAAACAAUGAAUGAUGGAGUUUGAGCCUUUCAGAGAAAAGAAAAUCAAUGUCUCCAGCCUCUCAUCCUGCCUCUAAACCUCAUCAAACAUAAACAAAGCAGGAAUAAGGGAGUGAAAGACUGAUGGGGGGGUAAAACAGAGAUGGACGGAGUCAAAGAAAGUUUAUCCAGAUGUUUAUUGUGUGAGUGAGAGAAACACAGACAUUUGGCAGAGAGUCUCGGGCCUGAAACAUGAGUAAUACAUGUUAUAAAACAGAUCCUGUGAGCCAAGAAAAAGGCUAAGCAGGUUAUUUCUGGAUAAAAAAGACAGCUGAAUGUUUCUGUGUUUUCCGUCCAUGGCAGUAUUAAACUAAAUGUUGCAUACUGUCGGUUCUCAAAGAGUAAGUGGGCUAUGAGAAAGCGAGGACUUUAAUUAGUCCACCAUGAAGACCAGUACAAAUGACAGGGUAUCCAGGGAAAAGCGUAAAUGGCUUGUGAGUCCAAAACACACACACAAAUCAGAAAUCCCAGAUGGACUGAGGCUGAUCUUAAAUCCCAUCAGUAGCUCAUUUGCAUGUCAUGAAAACAAAAUACAACUUCUCAGACUCCAGUCCCAAAGGACAGAAAAGUAUCCCCCUCAUGAAGAUGUGUUUUUUUAAAAAGAUAAGAAAGAAAUGUGCUCAAGUUAAUUUUGGAGCCAUUUUAAGAGCAAAUGAAGUAGGUCACUUUGAUGAAAUAUCUUUUGUGUAAAUGUGCUUUGCUUCAGGAAAACAUCACAACAUGCUUGAAAGAUGCUGAAGUGAACAUAAAAAGGCAAACUCACCGAAGAGAGUGUCUCUCUUGGUUGGACUCCAACGUUGUGGGAAUGUGAUCUUAGUUUACUCAAAAGUUUAUGAUUUAGGAACAAACAACACAAGCACCCUCAGAACAACUUUUAUCAGUCAUGCUUCACACAGACCUUUCUUUUUGCAUUCAAGUACAAUCAUCAUGUCCUAUAGAAGGAGAAAGACAGCAGAGGGGAAAUGUCCAUGCAGAUCCUUUUAGUGGAGAUGCCAACAUAAGUUGAGGUAAAAAAAAGAAGUGAAAAAUGUAUCCCAACUACAGGCGACACCAAAGUCCUAAAAAGUCAUCUUUUUCGAAAUGUCAUUGCCAGAGAAGCAGUAAUAGUAAUCAUUACCUAAAUAAAUAGUCUGACUUCUGUCUCAAACUCAUGGCAAUCUAUAUUAAACUCUUGCAAGAUAAAUAUUUUUCCUGAAACCACCAACUGGACUUUUUAAUGACUCUAUAAUAUUCUGUUUCUUUUUGAAGUUGCUUCAGUCUGUGAACUUUUUAUGGUUCUCAGUAGUUUAAAGCGUUUUUUUGUUCAGUGACACCAGCUUUAAAGUCUAGUUUGAACAAAAGAGAAAAUUAGUUUUAAAAGUUUAAUGAGAGUAAACUUAAUUUUAUCAAUUUUGAUAUGAAAAACUUAUUUCCAAAAUUAAGUGACAUCCCUAGAUCUUGUUGUAAUAGAAAAGAAAUGCAGACUACAGUCAGAGAGCGAGGGCCUGAACAUGCUCAUGAGUCAGUCAGACUUAUGAAUGCAUCCACACUGGAGCAGAUCAAAUAAGUCUUUUGUAUGUUAUCAUAUAUUUUCAGGAACUUCUGCUCUCUGGUUGUCCGACAGAUAGCACACAGUGGCAAGUGUCGUAGACUUUGUAGACAGACUGUGGGUUAUAUAGAUGAGAGAACAUUUCAAGUACUCAUGCACACCUUCUCCUGCUGAGCCAGCAGGACCCUCUAGAGUUCAGGUCCUCUGGAGAUUAAGAGUCUUUAUGGGACCUGAUGACAGCAAUAAUUGCCUGACACUGUGGAUUAGCCUCUGUAAGACUCAGCCAAAGCGCCUCAGAUAUUUUACUUUCAGACUCUUAAUAAUGUGUUGAUUCGCGGCAUGUUGCUUCUCAAUUACAGCUGAGCAGAUGCUUAAUCAGAACUCCACUUUCUUGUUGUCAAAGUGAAGCACUGAAAAAUCUCAUAAACAUGCUGCCAGUCUUCAUCUUUCACACAUAAAUAGAUUAUCUGCAGGAAUUAAGUUUAGAUUCAGAGCUGUGAGGCAUUAUGGAGACAUAUGGAGAAGUGGACCCAGCUUGUUGAAACUCCAGAGUACACAAAGGACAGGAUGGGGAAGGGAUGACUUUGGGGAAAAUGAUGGACAACAGAUGAACAGUUAGCCACAAAUUGACAACAUCACAGGUGACAAGUGAUGGGAAGAACAGUUGUUUUGAAUCUUUAAAAUCCAUUCAUUAAAACGAUUUGUUCAAAAGAUUCGUUCACUGAAUCAGUCAGUGUUUCGGAGCUCCGUCCUACCAGUGCAGUACACGAGUGGGUGACACAGCUGCGAGUUCGUUCAUUGAACGAGCCCCUCCCCUGCUGCUGAAGUCACAGCAUCGUUCACUGUGUGACACAUGUCGUUCAUUCACCAAGUCCUGAAGGAAGAAUCACUCUCCUGCCCUGAAAAACUCACCUCUCUGUAUGUCGCUGUUAACGGAAACAACACAGCAGCAAGCAGCACGCCUGCUUGCUGCUGUGCGAGUCGUAGUUCUUUUAUAUCGCAGAAAAGUGGAGAGAUUAAAAAUAAAUAAACAUUGCAGCUGUAGCGAGGAUUCUGAUACUUUUAAAGAUAUCAAAUAGUGUAUUGCUUUAAAUCAGCUAAAAUUAAAUCCUUCUCGCAGGAGAGUUUAUACACAUGUAUUAAUGUAAAGGCACUAUAAUGACCUGUUUUAUCUUAGCCUCAGUGAACGAACCGGUGCUCGGCAGGUUGUAAACGAUGCUACACCCUCUCCCUCUGCCUGAGUAAAGUAAUUCAGAAGUCAUUCGUUUCAUUCACCAUGUCAUUCACAGACAGACUGAUACAUUUCGUUCACUGAUGUUUCGUUCACUGACUGAUACAUAUUGUUCAUAUGCUGUGAGUGAAUCACAAGACUCCAGAAAAAAAUAAAAUACAGACAUAAAAUAAUAAAAAAAUACAGAAAAAAAUCUGUAAAAUAAACAGUAAAAUUCUGUUAUAUAACCUUUUUUUUUUUUUUUUUACAGUGUAUCUUUACUGUAUGCAUUUACCUCCACAGCAAAGAGCAUCUUCUUUUCUAUUAUCUAAAUACACCAUUAUAUUUAGUAUUCUAUUUAGGCUUCACACAAGUUUAUAUGUUCAGGUACUCUCAUGCUGCCUUAAGAAACCUUUUGUCGGUAAAAAUAUACAAGCACAGUAACCGUAAAAAAAUAGUAUCCUUCUUUCUUUAAUGAGAAAAAUCACAGUCGUCUGUCAAAGAUUAUGUUGACAGGAAAACAAGCAGGAACACCACAGAUGCCUGCCACAUACAAAGGCCCACACACGUGCAUGUGCACAUGCAAGCACACACAUAUGCACUUCAGGCAGGUUUAGGUAGGAGAGCUAUAAUGAAGCAGAGCAGAGUUUUAGAGGAAGGAUCACCUCAUUAGUUGAAGCUGCAGCUGUGUCUGUAAGCCAUCACAUGUACGAGUGAUCAGCAGGAUUUCUUAUUUGCUUUUUGUCAACAAAACAUCUAAGGUUGGGCAAUCCUUAGAGCAGCUGAGUUCAAGAGAAAAGGGAUGUGAGAAAUCAAACUUCAUCAUCUCUAUUUUCUGGAGCCAAAAUAAACAUGCCCACAGCUACAAACCAGAUAUAAAAUGCCCUCUUAAUUUUCUUGUCUGGUAUUUAUGGAGUAAAACUCUCUGACUGGACUGACCUUGGUUUGCCUGUGUGAGAGCAUCAGGUCUCAGCCAGCCGUGUUCUGGAUCUUUUGAGAGAUUACCGCUGAAGGUUGACUGUUAAACCUACAGCACAGCCUCAAAACAUUUCCUCUAAUCAAAGUGUAACCUCUCCCAUGUCAUUAUUAUUAGCACAGUCAGAGGAAACAGGUGAAUAUUUUCACAAUAUAAGCCUGGUUGUCUCAGAGGGGUGUGUUUGGAGCCCAAAAGCCUCAGAGACCUUGACCUUCCGGUUCCUGCCUUAACAAGACUAACAAAUUAGCUGCCGUGCUGAUGAGUAUUCAGAGCUGAUUGGGAGGGGUUUCAACACUGAAGCUAAUUUUUAAACUUAAAGAUUUUUAUUUAAGCCUAUAGACGGCUGAUGGGGAGGUAAAGACCUGAAAUAAUAAGACAAAGAAACAAUAUAAGAGCUUUUAAUGUACCUGAACAGGGCAUCAGGGUCACUGAGUGUUUCCAUGAAUAUGAAAAUGGUGUGAAUAAUAUGCUCUGACCUCCAAUGUCACUGUACUAAGAAAAGUGUAAUAAGCUGAUAUUUCUAUGGCAGUGUGAGCUCCACAGACAGUUUGAUGAAGCUGAAACAAACUCUGUCUGCCAAAGAAGUUCCUGCAGCCAUGCAGACAGAUUCUUCAGGAUAAGUGCAGAUACUUAAACUCCAGCUCAUUUUCUGUUUCUAAUGACAAACAUAAAAACCAAGCCCCACAAAAAGACUCAGACUUGUUCUCUACUCUUAAUUAAUUCCAUGUAACCUCCCUGAUCUCGUGUACUUCCAGCAGAUGUGUGUGUGUGAUUGAUUUAAAUUUUACCACCAAAGAACAGAGGAUGAAUGAGGCCAAAAACGUGUUGGAGGGAGGAUUUCUAAUUACAUAGCAAUUGACUCACUUGUUGUGAGCAUUUGAAGUGUAAAUCGUAAAAAAAAAAUAGUAAUGAAUAAAAAAAAAAAACUCAAUAUAAGUGUUUGUUUAUAAACACAAAAGACCCUUCAGGGGAGCUUCAAUUCAUAGGGCUCUACUUUCGUGCUUCGCCAGAGAUGCGGUGCAGACAAGGGGCUCUAUUUUCGUUCGCGCCGGUGAGGCGGCGGAGGGCGGCGAGCCCCGCGCAGUUGUAUUUUCGUCUGGCGGAGCCCGGUGUAAGGCGAGUUUGGUAUUUUCGUGGACUGAGUCGCACGGAGGCGAGCCGAGAUCCGCCAAGCUGGGCGUGGUGGCGUGGCAGGGGGAGGUGUUGACAGAAUCAGCUGGCGCAGUGACAUUUUCGUGCUCGCCACCAGCGUGUAACGUGCGCUGAAAGCUCGCCGAUUCAAACCUGGUCAGCUUUCAGCGCAAGGCGGAACGCAGCUGGUCCAGUAGUAUUUUGGUAGACCGGCGGCGUAUCGACAUACGUCACCGAUGCCUCACCGGCAGGUUUCCACAGUGUCAGGCACAUUUCAGUGCAAUAAAUAAUCAUCAUCAACUAUUAAUCUGAGUCAGCACAUACAUUUAGAUCUAUAUCGAUAUAUUCUGAUCUAUAUCUGAUCUGAUGAGCGCGUUUGGCACGCGUUUGGCACGCGUUUGGGCACACAACCUGACCGAAUCAAUACAGCUGAAACUGCAUCAAAUUAAAUUAAAUAUCUAGUAAAUAAACACACAUGAUGAAGUUAACAAGAUAUGUAAUGUGUCUCCCUCCUUUUCUUUCUUCCUCUUAUUUCUCGCAGAGCUCGACCUGGACACGUCUCCGUGUCCUCUGUCCGUCUUGCUGCAGCUGCUGCGGCUGAACAGAUGAUUUGUUUCAGUGCUCAGAUGCGUUAUCUACUUUAAGCCGACAUACGGAUAUUAUAAUAUUCAGUUUUGUGGGCCAAAUUUAUUUUAUAUGCCAACAUCUAUGAAAGAAAGAGCCAGGCCACGGAGCGCGAUGCGUCAUUUACGCACAGAUGGUUCCGAUUUUAAUGCCAUUUUUGGAGUUUAUGUUGUGAUCUGUGCGCUAAACCCACCUUUGUCACGUGAGGUUUGAAUAUAUGCAACUUUAUGUGAGUGUCUUUUUUGUGGAAAAGGGUGUUUGUCUUACCAGUGGGUCCAACAUUACGCACACCAAAUCCAUCUGUGCUCAGAUGAGAGAGUGUGGAGGACACUUGUUGAGCAGCUGCCCUCUGUCGCCAUCGUGUGGCAUAACUGUCUUCAGACAUCUCUUGAUCUCUUUGACUACUUCAUGGAAAUAGUAUUACGCCUCGCCGGUGGCGGAUUUAAAGGCAAGGAGAGGAGCUUAUGUGAUUGGUGAAAACAGGUCUCGGCUGUGUUAAACCGACUCCACGCCCUCUCUAUGACUUAUGCUGCCGGGAGGAGCUGAGUUAGGGAGGGGGGAUACUUACGCCGGGCUGCGCGGCUCAUCAAAAUACCAAAAUGUGCUCGGGAACGCCUUGUCAGCGCGGCGGAUCUGAUUGACGCUGCGCUUGCGGCACGUCUUCGGCGAGGCACCAAAAUAGAGCCCAAGGUGUUCCCAAGCACAAUUUGGUAUUUUGGUGAGCGGCCCUCCCUAACUCAGCUUCUCCCAGUGGCGUAAGUAGUAGAGAGGGAGGAGAGAGGGUAUGGAGUGGGUUUAACACAGCCGAGACCUGUAUUGACCAAUAACAUCAGCUCCUCUCCUCGCCUUUAAAUCCAUCACCGGCGAGGCGUAUUACAAUUUUUGUGAGGUAGUCAAAGAGAUUAAGAGAUGUCUGAAGACAGCAAUGCCACACGAUGGCAACAAAAGGCAGCUCCUCAACAAGUGUCACUGUAAGCGCAGCAGAGAGCGUCCUUCACACUCUCUCAUAUGAGCACAGAUGGAUUUGGUGUGUGUAAUGUUGGAGCCACUAGUAAGACAAAAGCCCUUUUCCACAAAUAAAGACACUCACAUAAAGCAUAUAUCCAAACCUCACGUGACAAAGGUGGGUUGUGCGCAGAGAUCACAUCGUAAAUUCCAAAAAUGGCAUGAAAAUCGGAACCAUCUGUGCGUAAUUACGCAUCGCACUCUGUGGCCUGGCUCUUUCUUUCAUGGAUGUUGGCAUAUUAAAUAAAUUUGGCUCACAAAACUGAAUAUUAUAAUAUCCGUAUGUAGGCUUAAAGUAAAUAACUCAUCUUGUCACUGAAACAAAUCAUCUGUUCAGCCGCUGCAGCAGCAGCUGCAGCAGCACGGGGAGAGGACACGGAGACAUGUCCAGGUCAAGCUGCAAGAGAAAUAAGAGGAAGAGGAAGAAAGAAAAGGAGGGAGACGAAUUACAUAUUGUGUUAACUUCAUCAUGUGUGUCUAUUUACUAGAUAUUUAAUUUAAUUUAACGUUUCAGCUGUGUUAAUUUGGUCAGGUUGAGUGUCCAAACGCGUGCCAAACGUGCUCAUCAGAUCAGAUAUAGAUCAGACUAUAUCUAUAGAUCUAAAUGUAUGUGCUGACUCAGAUUAUUAGUUGUUGUUGAUUAUUUAUUGCACUGAAAUGUGCCUGAAACUGUGGAAACCUGCCGGUGAGGCAUCAGUGACAUAUGCCGAUACGCCGCCGGUCUACCAAAAUACCACUAGACCAGCUGUGCUCCGCCUGGGCUGAAAGCUGACCAGGUUUGAAUCGGCGAGCUUUCAGUGCACUUUAUACGCCACCGGCAAGCACGAAAAUGUCACUGCGGCAGCUGAUUCUGUCGACACCUCCCCCUGCCACGCCACCACGCCCAGCUUGGCGGAUCUUGGUGCGCCUCAGUCCACGAAAAUACCAAACUGGCUGUACACCGGGCUCUGCCAGACAAAAAUACCACUGCGCGGAGUCUGCCACCCUCCACCACCUCACCAGCGGACAGGAAAAUAGAGCCCAUAGUCAUAAAGGAAAAUAAAGUGGUACUAAGUCAAUAUAUGAAGAAGAUCAAUUCAUUAAUUUAGUCGACACAUCUCGGCUUUCUGCUUAGUCUUUUCAGAGUCCUGAUCCCUACAAAAAUGUAGCUCUAAGGAGACAAAACAUUAGGUACACUUAAGCCAGAUGCUCCACAGUCCAUUAGACCUUAGCACCACUUUAUUCUCACAACAUGAGGACUUUAUUUUCCUAAUAUUAUGAAUUUAAUACGAUUUUAUUUUUUCAACAAUGACUUUAAUCAAGUCACAUUACAACUUUUCAAGUUUUUCAUACAUUUUGUUUCUUGCAGUCUUAAAAAAAUGCUUCAGUAUGGCCCUAAUACUGCAUUAAAUGAAGAAACAGUUAAAAAAAAAAAAGUGGAAAUAAAACAAAAUUAAAAUUAAACUGGCAGGAUCUAAAAUGUGGGCCUACCCCCGCUAAGCCCCAAAUACAGGCAGGUUUUCUCUUUCCGAGGACUUCUUUCCUCAUGAAGUGUAAAUUCUUGUACCAGGUCAGUCAUGUGAUAAGGAUAAUCAUGCUAAGACAUUCCCCUGUUUCAUGGUAAAUGGUGCAGCAUUUUUCUUCUGCUCCUGAUCUGUCUGCAGAUUUUACAGCUGAUGCAUGCACACGUGUUUUAUCAAUUUUUAAUGACUCCAUUCAGUCAAAACUUUGAAGGUCACUUUAUUUGCUCAUUCAUUUCUGUACUUUAAAUUUCAGAUCAUUUUAUAGAGUCAUAUGUCAUUCUUUUGUUUUACUACCUUGGAUUUUAUCAAAAUUUGUUUGUUUUCGAAUUUUAUUCUUUGUGUUUUAUGUCCAGGAAUUGAUUAUUAUUCAUUUCUUCAUUUUUAUUUUUAAGCUUUUUUAUAAAUUAAUGUACACAGGUGUUCACUUAAUAAAAAACUCUCCCUGUAUAUCUUGAUUAAUGCGAUAAUAACCUCAUAAUUAAAGGCAAAAAACAGGGGGGAAAAGUCUUUCAUAAAUGAAUCUAAAAAUUUUACCCCUAAUGCAAGAAAAAAAAAAUCUCAUGGCAUCAACAUAAUAACUUGAUUUAGUAAGAAAAAGAGAGCAGUGAGUGUAAGACACUUCCAUAGUGAUAACUGAAUUUAUGUAUUUUCUAUAGCUACUCCUGGGGCCUCAUGUAUCAACGCUUGCGGCGCAAGAAAACCUUGCGUACGCCAAAAUCGGCGCACACGUCCAGAUUUAUCAUCGCGAAACGAGCGUCGGUUCCAGCGCUAAUCAACGCAAAGUCAGGAGGUGGUGUAGAAAUUGGCGUUGAGCUGGAUACUUGCGUUGACUGUGAUUCGCACUUUGGCGACGCUGUGUGGCGGUGUUUGGUGACUCACUAUGUGACAAGCGUGCACCACAUCCCCGUGGCCGGGCAGCACGUCGCCCCACAUGACGAACCAGCAGCAGACGGAGGGAUGCGAGCUGAUCCCUGCCGGGCCGCCGUCCUCGCGCGGGAGAAUCUCAUCGCCACAGUGUGAAUGGGUAAGAAGUGAAUACACAGUUCAAUGAGCCAAAUUAAUUUAUUUUCUCCACCAGACGCUCGAGGAAAUUUACGAGCCGGUCCAGCCGCUCGUUGAUCCCCGCGAUCCCCCUGAUGAUUUCUUCCUGCGAUUGCAGGACCCCCUCCGCGAGGACCCUUCCACUGCGUCCGGGUGGUCCAGCGGAAGCGCCGCGGCUGGUGGACGCUCCACCGCUUGUCGGCGCGCUGGUGCUGGGGCCGGGGGCGGGGGCCGGGGUGGCCCGAAUGCCGCUGGUCCUGGCCGACGACUCCGAGCCGGCGGACGGGCUGCCGCGGGCCAGGGUUCCGCAAGCCGGCGACACGGCCGACACAUUGAUUUCUGUGACACAAUAAAAAUAUUGGUUCAUUUCAAUUCCUGCUUCUGUGUAUCUGUUGCGUUUACAUCUCUCUCCACGGUAUCAUAGGUAAUGUAAUCCAGUAUUUCGAGGUCAGUUAUGCACAUUACAGUUGUUUAUUGCAUAAAAAGUUAUCGAAAAAUGAAGUUAAGGGCGAAGUAUAAAUCACGUCUAAAAAUAGACUGAAUCCCGACGUUGAAAUGAAGUAUAAACUUAGACUAGACGUCUAAUAUACGUCUUUUGCUCAGUGGGAUGACAAAGCAUGUGGACAUUUGUGUGACACGCCACUUACCCUAUAAUAAUAAUCGCCACCACCCGCUGCUCAAACGGCGUGAGGGUCUCCUCCCACGGACCCCCACCUGUCUGGCCGGUACUCCUCCGGAGGGCAGCUGUACGCCGCUUGACCUCCACCUUGAGGUCCGACCACUUUUUUUUAAUCUCCGCGGGGGUGCGUGUCUCGGAACCCACCGCAUUCACCCUCUCGCAAAAUUUCUCCCACUCCAAGUGUUUUUGUUUUGCACUGACGCCACUGGACAGGCUGCCAAACAAAACACGCUGUCGCUCCUCCACCUCCGCCACCAGCACCUCCACCUCGCACGCCGUAAAUUUAGUUUUUCUUGUCAUUUUGUCUGCGUGCGAGGACAGGGAGACCCUAUUUAAAUAAAUCUGCAUAUUUAUAGGAGGGCGUAACGGGGACGGGCCCAGUCACUCCGACAUCUGCGCUUAAUUCCACGCUGAUUGGGAUUUAUCAAAGAAACACACGUGGAUUUCGGCGCCCGCACACAUUGAUACAUACGGAUUUUUUUCAGCGUGACGGACCUUGCGUGCGCUCGUUUCUGGUAUGAGUUCCACGCAAGUGUUGAUACAUGAGGCCCCAGGUAUUUUCUCACAGCAGUGUUUCCUCAGCUCCUCCUGCUCUCUUCUGUCCUUUGUUUGGUUCCAAAACUUUAACACGCACGCACGCACGCACGCACACACACACACACACACAUCAGUGUUUUUACUGGUUUAGUUGAUUGAAUUUUUAUGGGAAACACUCUAAUUGAUGUAUUGAUUGAUUGAUAAACUGAACAGCCACAGAAACAGACUUCAUGACCAGCAGAGACCCAUUAGCUUUGUUUUCUGUGGUCCAGUAAGAAGCCUAACUCGUCUUUUUUGGGGGGGGAGAUGACAUGACUGACACUAAUGGGGUGUACACACACACUGCUGGAGCCCCUUAUGCUCCUUACUGUGAUAGAAACACACCAAUAACCAACCACUGUUCAAAGCUGCACAGAUCACAGCACAAAACUGAUCCCAUUAUGAGCUCAGCGUACUGUGUGUUUACAGACCUCUGACCUUUGGUUCUGUGCAGUCCUGCAUCUGAGCCAAACCAAAAGUGUUGUAGCAUUACAGUUUGGUGUGAGUACAUAUUGGUUUCUAGCCCUAUGUCCUACAGUUUUCAAGUCUACGCUCUGGUAAACAUUUAGCAAAUUUACUUUUAAAUAUAAUAUCAAUUUAUUCUUUUAGUCUGACUUAAACCAGACUUGCAAAAUACAGUAAAUAAAAUUUUAAAUGCACAAAACUGAAUUUCUGAAAGUCAGACAAAUGUACCAAGAUGACGCUGUUGGGGUUAAUCUUCAGGUCUGCAUGUUAAACUACAUAAAUAAAAUCUAGGAAGCCAGGGAAUUGACUUCCUCUCAUCAGUAAAAGAAGGGGAGAUACGUUAAAGUGCUUCAGCUGUAGAGCCGUCUGUUUUUAUAUCAUUGUUCCACAAACAGCUCAUGAGCUUGGCUGGCGUGUUUGUCGAUUGUUUUGGUGUAACAUAAGGGUCACUGCAUCCCAUUGGUUGUAAAGGCUGUUAAGUGAAGUGCAUUGGAUGACAAUCUGUUGGGUAUGGCGUCUGGGCUCCAAACAGUAUAGGUUUGCUUGCAGAAGUUGAAUAGCAACAAGACUGUGGGCUCUAUUUUCGUGUACGCCAGUGAGGCGUCGGAGGGUGGCGGACCCCGUGCAGUUGUAUUUUCGUCUGGCGGAGCCUGGCGUCCAGCACGGAAGCGAACCGAGAUCCGCCAAGCUGGGCGUGGUGGCGUGGCAGGGGGAGGUGUUGACAGAAUCAGCGGGCGCAGUGACAUUUUCGUGCACGCCAGUGGCAUGUAAAGUGCGCUGAAAGCUCGCCGAUUCAAACCUGGUCAGCUUUCAGCACAGGCAGAGCGCAGCUGGUCUAGAGGUAUUUUGGUAGACCGGCGGCGUAUCGGCAUACGUCACUGAUGCCUCACCGGCAGGUUUCCACAGUGUCAGGCACAUUUCAGCAAUAAAUAAUCAUCAACAACUAUUAAUCUGAGUCAGCACAUACAUUUAGAUCUAUAUAGUUAUAUUGUUAUCUAUAUCUGAUCUGAUGAGCGCGUUUGGCACGCGUUUGGACACACAACCUGACCGAAUCAACACAGCUGAAACCACAUUAAAUUAAAUUAAAUAUCUCGUAAAUAAACACACAUGAUGAAGUUAACAAGAUAUUUAAUUUGUCUCCCUCCUUUUCUUUCUUCUUCUUCCUCUUAUUUCUCGCGCAGCUCAACCUGGACAUGUCUCCGUGUCCUCUCUCCGUCCUGCUGCUGCUGAACAGAUUUGUUUCAGUGCUCAGAUGAGUUAUUUACUUUAAGUCUACAUACGGUUAUUAUAAUAUUCACUUUUGUGAGCCAAAUUUAUUUUAUAUGCCAACAUCUAUGAAAGAAAGAGCCAGGCCACGGAGCGCGAUGUGUCAUUUACGCACAGAUGGUUCUGAUUUUAAUGCCAUUUUUGGAGUUUAUGUUGUGAUCUGUGCGCUCAACCCACCUUUGUCACGUGAGGUUUGAAUAUAUGCAAUUUUGUGUGAGUGUCUUUAUUUGUGGAAAAGGGUGUUUGUCUUACCAGUGGGUCCAACAUUACACACACCAAAUCCAUCUGUGCUCAUAUGAGAGUGUGGAGGACGCCCAUUGCAGCGUUUACAGUCACACUUGUUGAGGAGCUGCUUUAUGUUGCCAUCAUGUGGCAUUACUGUCUUCAGACAUCUCUUGAUCUCUUUGACUACUUCACGAAAAUUGUAAUACGCCUCGCUGGUGGCGGAUUUAAAGGCAAGGAGAGGAGCUUAUGUGAUUGGUGAAAACCGGUCUCAGCUGUGUUAAACCCACUCCACGCCUUCUCUCCUCCCUCUCUACACUGGGAGGAUCUGAGUUAGGGAGGGGGGAUACUUGCGCCGGGCUGCACCGCUCACCAAAAUACCAAAUUUUGCGUGGGAAAGCCUUGUUGGCGCGGCACCUCCGGCGAGGCACAAAAAUAGAGCCCUGUGUCUUUAACCCCCAGUCAUGCUGGGUAGUGGUCUUUAACUCUCCUACAUAACGUAAGAUUGGUGAAAAUUAAUAUUGGGAGGAAAGGUCACACUUUGUGCUGUGCUGCUUCAGGAGUAUCAAAUGCAAAUUCUUCUGCCUGUAUUUUCUGAGGUCAUCCAUAGUACCUCUGCAUUGAUCUGGCGUUCUGUAGCUGCUACCUGUCAGGACAGCAUCUAAUUUCUCUGUUAUCACUUGUUGUAACACCACUUCAGACAGUGGCAGCCUUUCAAGAGCCAGGGGCACGAUGUUUGCAGAGCACAUGGCAGAGUCUCACCAGCAUAGAGACCAUCUUUAUCGGCAGAGCCAGCCACUUCAAAGACGCUGCUUUCAGUGGCAGCUGGGCUUAUCUUUUAUCAAAAAGGCCUGUUUAUGUUCCAUCACUGCUGUCCUCUGGGGACUGAUGCUGCAUACAGAUGUGUUUGUUUCAUUACAGCUACUUAGUUAAAACCAAGGAAAUGCUUUAUGCUCUUAUGAUCAAAUCCUGUUCUGAAAAAAAGUUAGGAGGCUGUGUAAAAGGGUCUUAAAACAAAGAUUUGUUGAUUUAUCUGCAUCAAUGUACCAAGAACAAAAACCAGUACUGUAUCACUGUGAUCCUCAAGUCCUUAGGCUGUCCUUGCACUAUAAACAGACAUAUUUAAAGUGUUACAGCAGCAAGGGAUCAGCACAGUAAACAUAGAGGAAUAAGAUUACUUACCAUGCACACAGUGCACAGAUAGUUAUAAAAGGUUAACUUAGACCUUAACUUUGUUUAAGUAGAGCUGACACAACACAACACAGUAGUUGACGUGUUCCUGUACCAAUGUUUUCUAAAGCGAUAAAGACAAUUAACUGCCACACACCCAAAUGACUCAACUGUGACUUUAUCAUAGGUAAACUACCAAGUUUUAUGUUUGUUUGUUUGUUUUCUGGCUGUGCAGAGACCCACAUUAACCCUUAAAAAAAAAAAAUGUUGCCAGUGUUCAAUUUAACAUAUGCAUGCACUUUUCAAACUGAUCAGUUUCAACCAUAGACUGUAUAUACUAUGGACAACUUGGUUCCGCCUACCGCCUGUAUACGGAUUUGAAGCCAAAAAGCUCUCUGUAUUUCCGGGAUUUUUCUUCAUUUCCUGAAACCAGAGCUGCGCAGUAGCGAUGUGCGCAUUCGGACGCGCAGUCGCAGAGAGUCGCUGUGAUGAUGCUCGGCUCAAACAGCGUAUCCCCUGGGAGAGCUACGCAAUCCCUGAACGGCCAUAGGCUGUGUAAGGUGUCAAUCAAAGAAAACAUGAACCCCCUAAUAACUUUUAAAAACAGAGCUUCACAGAAAAAAGAGGACUUGAGCACUAACCAGUCUUACAGUGACUACAUGUCAACAUUGCAAGCAGGGGGGCGGAAUUUAUGUUCUGUGUAAUAAAUUUCUAAAGUUUGUCUACAGCCCCAUAAGCUUUGCUGGCGAAGGCGGGGAUUUAUGACCUAUACUGCAGCCCAUCAACAGAGGGUGCUGUUCUCAGAGUGGCUUCACCCAGUGAGGAGGCAGACUCUGUCCAUUCUUUAUACAGUCUAUGGUUUCAACACUAGACAUGUUGUCCUUGCACAGUUUUAGUUAAAUAUGGGGUUUAAAUGACCAUCAAAAUGUGUGUUUGUUUACAUUUUACACAACGUCCUAACCAUAGACUGUAUAUAGAAUAGACGCCAUCUUCCUCCCCGCUGGAUGAAGCCACUCCAAGAGCAGCACCCUCUGUUGAUGGGCUGCAGUAUAGGUCAUAAAUCCCGCCUCCUUCAGCAAAGCUUAUGGAGCUGUGGACAAACAUUAGCAAUUAAUUACACAGAAUAUAAAUUUUUCUCCCUCUCUGCUUGCAAUGUUGACAUGUAGUUAUUGUAACACUGGUUUGUGCUCAAGUCCUCUUUUUUGGGGGUUUUAUGUUUUCUAUGAUUGACACUUGAUACAGCCUAUGGGCGUACUAAAAUUGCGUAGCUCACCCAGGGGAUACGCUGUUUGAGCUUAGCGUCAUCACAGCGACUCUCGGCGACUCUCCCUCUGAAUGCAUACAAUGCUACUGCGCAAGUGGUGGAGUGCUUACAACACUACUGCGCAAAUGUUGGUUUCAGGAAAUGGAGAAAAAUCACAGAAAUGCCGAGAGCUUUUCAGCUUCAAAUCUGUAUACUAGUGGAACCAAGAUGUCCAUAGUAUAUACAGUCUAUGGUCCUAACUUCAAUGAGUUGGACUUUGCAUUGUGACUUUGUUUAGAGCAUUGUUGAGACAACAUCUUGAGGAAAAUACUCUCUUAUAUGGACCUAUUUGGCAAGUUGUGCCACGAGAAAAUUAUCAACUACAGCUUGAAAUCAUUUUAAACAAUUGCUGCGUUGCAAUGGAGUUGUUUAAAGCAGUUAAAAACAUUAGGUUAAUAACACAGAAGUUAUAACUUGUGCCCAUGUGAAAUCAAGGUUUAAGUUCAGUGACCAAAGUCUCUUUCUGAUAGUUUUUCCUCAUCACUCUAGGGGUAAAGUCACCAGUAGACAGAGCUUGAUAAGAAAAACACCCCUAAUAACAGGACAUGCACACUAUACACAGUACACACUGUACUCUACCUGUUUAAUUUGUUAAAAUGCCAUCAACUCGUAGAUAAAUGCCAUCUUUUCAUGCUUCCCAAGCUUGCAGAGGUGACGUGCACUUUUCCCAUUAUACACAAACCUGAACAAUGAAAGAAUGGUUGGCAUGUGUGAUCCUUUUUUCAGAGUAAUUGCAACAACAAUUUGCAUGAUGACCUGCAGCAAGAAAGCCACACGAACAUGACAGUUCAGAGGAAACUGUCCUGCAGGGAUAAAUGACAAUAACCAAUAACAAGGAGAGAGUAAACAUGGAUUUUCUCCUCCCUACAAUCAGGAUGGAGACAGAAAGCAUUUAUGAAAGGGCUCUGAGUAAAUCCUUCAGGGCUCUUGUAAGAGCUUUAAGAUUAUACAAUGAUUACAACCUGCUCUGCACUGAUGAGAGACACAACAAACAAGUGGAUGCAAUUACUUGUGAGACUUUACAGCGAUACAUGUAACUGCAAUUGAUCACAGACGUUGUUGUUCAGCAGCAGGUACACAGGGGGUUGUGGAGGGUGAGUCCUCUGACUGCCAACAACAGGCUGGUGUUGAAGCCAAAGCCUCUGCAAGGAGCAACAUGAACUUAUUUGUCUUUCAUUACAAAAUCAAAUGUUCAUUCCAGCACAGCUCAGUGAGAGGCAGAGCUCAAUCCUCUGUAGAGCCCAGGGAUUUACGCUCAUAUAAAUCAUAUCCACCGAUGUGGAAAGAAGCUGAAGUCCAGCAGGAUUUACACAAAACUACACUGAAAAAGUAUAUGCCUAUGGCCUCUUCCUGUAAAUGAGCUAAUAUACAAACACAUCACUUUUUACUGUUAAUUGUGACAGAAAAUCAACUUUGUCACCCUAACGUACAGCAGAAUCAUUCUACAAAACUUCCUGCUCAUAUUCGUCUAUGAUUGUUGAACACUUCAAGGUGUUUUGGUAGAGCUUUUCUGACAGAUGGGAUAUCACUAAACCUUAAAGUUCAUAACAAAAAUCUUAUUUGAUCUCAGAUUCUUUCAUAUCAUCCAAAAAGUGAGAGUCAGGCAGAUAAAACAAUUUCAAAAGAAAAGGAUGGAUUUAAGGAAAAGAUUUGAAAUAAAAAAGCACAUAGGCAGUGACUAUUGACUUGUUUCAAAAAUACUUUAGCCUGCCUCCAAAUAUGAGAUGCAGAUAAUGGGGUAGGCAGGCUCUAAGGAAGUGACAAUUUUUGGGAGAAAUCUUGAAUGUAAACACUAACCCUCCCAACCAGUUUUCCCCUCAGUUCCUCCUCUCCCCUCCCGCACCGCUCCAGCAAGCCCCGCCCACAAACAGAUGCUCCUGCUCACAUGUAUCUUUUCAAUUAAAUUCAGAUAUAAUGCAGAUAAAUACUUCAGAUAAUUACAUAUGGGACCCAGUCAAUGUGAAAGUAAAAAGCAUUGGUGCUACUGUAGAUGCCAACAGACUACCAGCAAACACAAUGUUUGCAGGACUUCUACAACUAAGAUAAAGUGACAUACUCCAGGACCCAAGGUAAACAGUUUAGCGGCGCUACAACACACAGCAGGUCCUGUUUGACAAGAAACACUUCUGUUACAGACACUUGGCUGAAUUUGUUAAAGCGGUUUACCUGUCCAGCAGAAAGGUUACAGGGUCUGUAAGAUCCCAAAGUGUCCCCAAAGGGUCUAUGCUUCAUUAAUGUUGACCCGGCUUGUUCGGUCUACUUCCGUUUUAAGCACCCGUUAUUCCACCGCCAUUCUCCACUAUUUACUUUGAAUCCUCCUUUGGCCACGACUGCCAACACAAGCAGGAAAACAGACAAUUUUCUGUACUUUCUGGUUGGUUUCUACUAUCCGAUGUUGUAACACACUAACUUUGUUUGGGCUUGUAACAUUGUUCGUGGAGCGUGCCUCACAACAUGAGGGAGCAACGUCUGCCUCACAACCAAUUAGCACUAAGGAGCAGUUAUCCCCUCACAGCCAGUUAGGUUGGGGGAGGCGGAGAAUGGUUUUGUUUACAGUCAGGGAAAGCAGGCCGCUCAAAAAUUUUGAAAUGUCGACUACACAGACAUAUGAGAACACAGCAAUAUUUUUAUAUUACCAAGUGUCAUCAAUAGCUAAUAGCUACUGACUGAUAUUAAAAACUUUUUUGGAAUCUUACUGGCCCCCCCAGAGGCCCCUCAUAAGGCCAGCAGAAUAUAUAAGCACUUAUUUUUAAAUAAAAGUGCAUUUUAAUGAUAUUUUGGACUAUCAUUCGCAUAUCAUUGAUUAAUUGCACGGUAAAUAAAAAUGAACUUAAUAAUUUUUAUAUCACCAUGUGCAUGCAUGUAUUUGUUGUCCUCGUCUCACGCCUCCAAACAUGCUGGAUGACAGGAGGGUUCACUCUGUGCAUCAGUCUCAGCCUAUGGGCACGUUUGUGCCCUAGCGGAAUGUAAUCAAGGGAAUGAACCAUCAUGUCAGUCAUUCAGGACAGCCUGACCAUGAACACAGCAGAAGGAUAGACGAUUAGCAGAUUUGUCCUUUUUGAAGGUCACCUGAGGAGAACAUACAUAUGCAACGUAAGAGACGUCCAUGUCACAACUGUAAAGUAAAUAAUGAGAGCACUUCAGUCAUUUCAGUACACAACAUUCACUGUUUAAUUAAAAGGUCUUCCACGGCUUUGUCGCUUAUUCACCUCACAAUCAAUUACAGAAGGAAGUCAAUGUGAAUGUUGAUCAAAGAAGACAGCCUCACUCAGAGCAACAUGAGAGCUGUGAGACUGCACUUGAAACGGGACUUAUUCCUCCAAGGUAUGUGCUGUUGUUCAAUCACAAAGGGAUUGAGCAGGAUUUUCAGCUAUUUAAUGAAGAAUUUCACAGUAAUCUUUACAGUAAUCAGUGACAAGGCAAACACAAUCACACAUCCUCCAGUACAUUCUGUUUAUCUCUCGCAUCCUGUCAUUUUUUUUAUAUUGCUGCAGUUACUGCUGUCCUCCAGGAGCUGAAACUAAGCCCUGAAACUGCAGCUCAAUCAGUGCCCAUUGCCUGCCGCCUGAAACCUAAUUGGAUCAACAGACACAAACAUCUAGAGAAUUUAAAACUGUGAUCAGGCUUUUUAGUGCGGCCUGCUGUUAUGACAAAGAGAGGGACAAUGCUGGAAAUUAUACCCAAUUUAUCUUGAGAGGAGAUGAAUCUGACUGAAGUGCUGUGCUGGCAGGAGUCCUCCAGCUGUAUCUGCUACGGGAGGAGUGAAAUGUGACACGCCGAUAUAAAGAUAUCUGAGCUAUAUUCUUCCACCUUGACACGAAUAGCCAAGGGGAUGGUCAUAAAUUAAAGACACAGACAGAGGAAGGAGAGCAUGAGGGAGAGGAUCAAAGAGAACCAAGAAAGCCAGCCUUUAAUCUGCCCGAUGCCAAGGAAGAAAUCUGAAGAGCAGUUGGUCAACAGGUGUGGACUAGGAGGCAAAAGGAAGACUUCAUAAAAAAGAAAAAAGAAAAAGAAAAAAAGGUAAGACACAUGGGUUUGCUGGCUGAUGAAAAGUGUUUCCAAUUUAAUGCAGCCGCUGGCUCACUUUAAUCAGGUUCAGAGAUCUGAGAAGCACUUAAAUAUUUCAUCUGUUUCAAAAAGGAGAAAAACAGAUACAGUCACUGCCUGUCAUGAUGGAGGACAAGCAGUUUUGACAGGUGUUUGACAGCAGUACUGCCCAGACCUCAUGAGGUUAGGAGCUUUGGUUUGAGAUUCUAUCCCAGACAUAAAAGGAGGGUUAAUGUGAGAUUUAUCCCCUCACUGCCUGCUGCAUGACUUAAAAAUCCUCAAGAAGUAAAGAGGUGUCAACACACCCGAGGACAUAUCUGAGGGGUGUAUGUAUGCAGAAGGCUAAGAUAGGGGGACAUGCAUGAUCCAAGCCCUCUAAACCCUUAUUAGGGCCCGAGCGUAGCUGCUAAGCAGCUGCGAGAGCCCUAUUAUUCCCCAAGGGGUUUUUCUUUGUUAGGGCCCGAGCCAGCUGCAGAGCAGCCGGGCGUAGAGCCCUAUUAUUCCCCAAGUGGUUUUUCUUUGUUUCUUUCUUUCUUUCUUUCUUUCUUUCUUCUUUUUCCUCCCCUUUGAACUGGAAAAUGGCCCACUUCCCACUGGCGAAAACUCAUGAAAUUUGGCAGGACGACCGGGCCUGGUGAAAAAUUCGAUAUUCUGAAGUCGCCCAAACAAUAAAAUGCAAAAUGGCUCCAUAGCGCCCCCUAAGGUGAAAAUUCACACUAUUGACUGUCACGCCUGUACGCUUUGUCAUAUUGACACAAAAAUUGACACACAUAUGUAUCUCAAUAAGAUCUACAAAAAAGUCAGUGCGGCCGUAUCUGUCAAAAUUACGGUUAAAGGGUUAUUUCGCAUUUUUUGCCGAUCCGCACACAUUGGAAUUUCGCUAACUCCUCCGAAGGCUUUCGUUCCACCGGCACCACAUUUGCUCAGGCCAAUCUACACCCCGUGGCCAUUGAAAGUUAUCAAAAUCAUGACGCUGCACCCCAAGGUUUAGGUUCUAGGGGGCGCCAAAGAUAACCCUAAGAUCCACAUAUUUAAAAGUCUUAUAACUUUUUAUUUUUGUCCUCACUGGCCUCCAAGUUUUCUAGGAUGAUGCAAUGUCCAGCCAUCAACACAUUUGUGAAGGAAUUUUUACUCCUCAAAAGAGCGCCCCCCCAUGGCAGGAGAAAAAAGUCCAUUUUUUCUUGUCCCCUAAGGUGAAAAUACACAUUGUUGAGUGUCACGCCUAUACGCUUUGUCAAAAUGACACAAAAAUUGACACACACAUGUAACUCAAUAAGAUCUACGAAAAAGUCAAUGCGCGCGUAUCUGUCAAAUGUACGGUUAAAGGGUUAUUCCGCAUUUUUUGCCGAUUCGCACACAUUGGAAUGUGGCUAACUCCUCCUAAGGCUUUCGUUCCACCGGCACCACAUUUGCUCAGGCCAAUCUACACCCCAUGGCCAUUAAAAGUUAUUCAAAUCAUGAUGCUGCACCCCACGGUUUAGGUUCUAGGGGGCGCCAAAGAUAACCCUAAAAUCCACAUAUUUAAAAGUCUUAUAACUUUUUAUUUUUGUCCUCACUGGCCUCCAAGUUUUCUAGGAUGAUGCAAUGUCCAGCCAUCAACACAUUUGUGAAGGAAUUUUUACUCCCCAAAAGAGCGCCCCCCAUGGCAGGAGAAAAAAGUCCAUUUUUUCUUGUCCCCUAAGGUGAAAAUACAUAUUGUUGAGAUUCACGCCUAUACGCUUUGUCAUAUUGACACAAAAUUUGACAAUCACGUGCCUUGCCUGGUAUCAUUUUUUUCAGCACAACCUCACCUGUGCGAAUUUACAGUUAUUUUAUCAUGUUGACAUACUGAAUUUACACAAUGGACCCAAAUUCACACACAAAACAUAAAAUCCGAGUGGAAAAAAGUAACAUUUUUACUGUGAAAACCACAAAUAUGUGUGAUGAACUGUUUUUAAAACUUAAACUUCAAAUAAAAAUUGUAAACUUCAAAACAUAUGCAAAUUUUUAACAAAGAACAUAGUGAUUUACCUCUAUUUACAUCAAAAUGCAGGCAAUGGCCCAGGCGUUCUUUGUAAAAUUAUUUACAAAACACUGUAUAGUCUCACAAAUGUCAAUUUUUAUUUAUGCCACUACAAAAAAACAUGAUGUAAAUGAUGCAUGAUGUAAAACAUGAUGUAAAAAACUUGUGUAGAUCCUCCUCUAUGUCAGUCCAUGUGUAAUUUUUCCAUAAUUCUUUGUUUUUUGCAGCAUUUUUGUUAGUGUAACUGCAGAUUGUGCUGACAGUGUCUAUGGCACAAAAAAAAAAAAUUUUUUAAAUGCCUCAACAUGAACCCCUGGUGGUCUCUGAGGGUGAAACCUGCUAACUGCUGCAGCUCUGUCAGCUUCAGUCUCCCAUGCAGAGCUCUGAGCGCAUGUGUGGCUCUGCACCCUUAGCAGCGUUGCUAACUCCUCAGUAAGGAAAGCCUGCUUCAUGUCAGAGUCUCUAAACUCCAGAAGAAGUCGAUAAAAGUCCCUUUCUUUCUAAAAAAAAGUCGUUAGGGGGUCUGAAAAGUCAUUGAAUCUAACAACAAAGUCGCUAGGUUUGCAACUACGUGUCCCAGACUGCAUCCCUGCUGAGAGUCCCUCCCUCCCUUCUCAUGUUGCAGGAAGAACGUAAGCGCCCGCCCCUUCUCAAUCAGUCACCAUAUAAUUUUGGAUUGGUUGUUGUGGUGAAGUUUUCCACCAAUAGGAGAGAUGUUGUGGUGUGUUUUUUUCUUCUUUUGGCAAGCCUUUUCCGCCUGUAAGAGCUGUCGCUAAUGUCUGCAUGCUAUGUUUUCCUGUCUCAUACAGCGCGAUCGAGCGCCGAACGUGAUCAAAAUAAGCAGAAAAAAAGUAUCGCGGACAUAAUUUAUCAUAACUCUGGUUUUAUUUGGCCUAUCAACACAAUUUAAAAACUGGUAUAUAGGUUGAGGUCCUCACUUUUGAGAUAAGUUGAAACGGAGAGUCAACGAGGCUCCGUCUUGCAGCUACAUCCGGUUAAAUAUGUCAUGUGACUUGAACGCACACACAGACACACACACACGCACACACACAUACACACACACACACACACACACACUCAGAGUCUGGUUUUUAGCACCUGCAAAAACAUGCUAUUUACAUAUUUGACAAGAAUGCAGAGGCUCCUUUUGCCCCUGAAAAAAAUCAAAUUUCAAACACAACUUGACUGGUCAUUUCUCCAAAAGACAACCAUGAAGCUCCAUCCAAACCUGAAGCAGGCAGUUGGUGCAUGUGUACAGUAACCUGAGGGGAGUGAGGUGAGUGCUUCUGAGGAGAACAUGAGCAGUGAAGAUUCACCUUGGAGCUAGAACAGAGACAUGCACAUGAUUAUACAGGGGCAGGGGCUCAAGUUUUUUCCAGUCGUUUAUACAAUAUGGAAAUUAAUGUGAAAUUAAAACACAAAGUAUUAAUAGAAAGGUAAUGACUGUCCUGUGUAGGUGACAGUGAUAUCCAAUAGGCUAGGCACUCACGAGGCUGGCUGUGGCAAGUGUAAGUGAAAGCAACACGCACUGGCAGGAAGAACAGCAAACGCCGAUGAAGGAAAAGGGUCUUUGCAGUGAUGGGCGUUACCAGAGAGGGCGAUGGCCAGAGGACACAAAUGGGACGGGGAGGCAGCACGUUGGGGGGGGGGGGGGACGCGACACGGCUCGGGCCCGCCAGUGCCCCAACGGGGUCCUAGUUUCUUUUUAGGGCCCGAGCGUAGCUGCUAAGCAGCUGCGAGAGCCCUAUUAUUCCCCAAGGGGUUUUUUAGGGCCCGAGCGUAGCUGCUAAGCAGCUGCGAGAGCCCUCUUGUUCCUGUAGUUUCCUUCUUUAGGGCCCGAGCCAGCUGCAGAGCAGCCGGGCGUAGGCCCUAUUAUUCCCCAAGUGGUUUUUCUUUGUUUCUUUCUUUCUUUUUUCUUUUUCCUCCCCUUUGAACUGGAAAAUGGCCCACUUCCCACUGGCGAAAACUCAUGAAAUUUGGCAGGACGACCGGGCCUGGUGAAAAAUUUGAUAUUCUGAAGUCGCCAAAACAAUAAAAUGCAAAAUGGCUCCAUAGCGCCCCCUAAGGUGAAAAUUCACACUAUUCACUGUCACGACUGUACGCUUUGUCAAAAUGACACAAAAAUUGACACACACAUGUAUCUCAAUAAGAUCUACAAAAAAGUCAGUGCGGCCGUAUCUGUCAAAAUUACGGUUAAAGGGUUAUUUCGCAUUUUUUGCCGAUCUGCACACAUUGGAAUUUCGCUAACUCCUCCGAAGGCUUUCGUUCCACCGGCACCACAUUUGCUCAGGCCAAUCUACACCCCGUGGCCAUUAAAAGUUAUCAAAAUCAUGACGCUGCACCCCAAGGUUUAGGUUCUAGGGGGCGCCAAAGAUAACACUAAAAUCCACAUAUUUAAAAGUCUUAUAACUUUUUAUUUUUGUCCUCACUGGCCUCCAAGUUUUCUUGGAUGAUGCAAUGUCCAGCCAUCAACACAUUUGUGAAGGAAUUUUUACUCCCCAAAAGAGCGCCCCCCCAUGGCAGGAGAAAAAAGUCCAUUUUUUCUUGUCCCCUAAGGUGAAAAUACACAUUGUUGAGUGUCACGCCUAUACGCUUUGUCAAAAUGACACAAAAAUUGACACACACAUGUAACUCAAUAAGAUCUACGAAAAAGUCAAUGCGCGCGUAUCUGUCAAAUGUACGGUUAAAGGGUUAUUCCGCAUUUUUUGCCGAUCCGCACACAUUGGAAUGUGGCUAACUCCUCCUAAGGCUUUCGUUCCACCGGCACCACAUUUGCUCAGGCCAAUCUACACCCCAUGGCCAUUAAAAGUUAUCAAAAUCAUGACGCUGCACCCCACGGUUUAGGUUCUAGGGGGCGCCAAAGAUAACCCUAAAAUCCACAUAUUUAAAAGUCUUAUAACUUUUUAUUUUUGUCCUCACUGACCUCUAAGUUUUCUAGGAUGAUGCAAUGUCCAGCCAUCAACACAUUUGUGAAGGAAUUUUUACUCCCCAAAAGAGCGCCCCCCCAUGGCAGGAGAAAAAAGUCCAUUUUUUCUUGUCCCCUAAGGUGAAAAUACAUAUUGUUGAGAUUCACGCCUAUACGCUUUGUCAUAUUGACACAAAAUUUGACAAUCACGUGCCUUGCCUGGUAUCAUUUUUUUCAGCACAACCUCACCUGUGCGAAUUUACAGUUAUUUUAUCAUGUUGACAUACUGAAUUUACACAAUGGACCCAAAUUCACACACAAAACAUAAAAUCCGAGUGGAAAAAAGUAACAUUUUUACUGUAAAAACCACAAAUAUGUGUGAUGAACUGUUUUUAAAACUUAAACUUCAAAUAAAAAUUGUAAACUUCAAAACAUAUGCAAAUUUUUAACAAAGAACAUAGUGAUUUACCUCUAUUUACAUCAAAAUGCAGGCAAUGGCCCAGGCGUUCUUUGUAAAAUUAUUUACAAAACACUGUAUAGUCUCACAAAUGUCACUUUUUAUUUAUGCCACUACAAAAAAACAUGAUGUAAAUGAUGCAUGAUGUAAAACAUGAUGUAAAAAACUUGUGUAGAUCCUCCUGUAUGUCAGUCCAUGUGUAAUUUUUCCAUAAUUCUUUGUUUUUUGCAGCAUUUUUGUUAGUGUAACUGCAGAUUGUGCUGACAGUGUCUAUGGCACAAAAAAAAAAAAAUUAAAAUGCCUCAACAUGAACCCCUGGUGGUCUCUGAGGGUGAAACCUGCUAACUGCUGCAGCUCUGUCAGCUUCAGUCUCCCAUGCAGAGCUCUGAGCGCAUGUGUGGCUCUGCACCCUUAGCAGCGUUGCUAACUCCUCAGUAAGGAAAGCCUGCUUCAUGUCAGAGUCUCUAAACUCCAGAAGAAGUCGAUAAAAGUCCCUUUCUUUCUAAAAAAAAGUCGUUAGGGGGUCUGAAAAGUCAUUGAAUCUAACAACAAAGUCGCUAGGUUUGCAACUACGUGUCCCAGACUGCAUCCCUGCUGAGAGUCCCUCCCUCCCUUCUCAUGUUGCAGGAAGAACGUAAGCGCCCUCCCCUUGUCAAUCAGUCACCAUAUAAUUUUGGAUUGGUUGUUGUGGUGAAGUUUUCCACCAAUAGGAGAGAUGUUGUGGUGUGUUUUUUUUUUCUUUUGGCAAGCCUUUUCCGCCUGUAAGACCUGUUGCUAAUGUCUGCAUGCUAUGUUUUCCUGUCUCAUACAGCGCGAUCGAGCGCCGAACGUGAUCAAAAUAAGCAGAAAAAAAGUAUCGCGGACAUAAUUUAUCAUAACUCUGGUUUUAUUUGCCCUUUCAACACAAUUUAAAAACUGGUAUAUAGGUUGAGGUCCUCACUUUUGAGAUAAGUUGAAACGGAGAGUCAACGAGGCUCCGUCUUGCAGCUACAUCCGGUUAAAUAUGUCAUGUGACUUGAACGCACACACACACACACACACACACACACACACUCAGAGUCUGGUUUUUAGCACCUGCAAAAACAUGCUAUUUACAUAUUUGACAAGAAUGCAGAGGCUCCUUUUGCCCCUGAAAAAAAAAUCAAAUUUCAAACACAACUUGACUGGUCAUUUCUCCAAAAGACAACCAUGAAGCUCCAUCCAAACCUGAAGCAGGCAGUUGGUGCAUGUGUACAGUAACCUGAGGGGAGUGAGGUGAGUGCUUCUGAGGAGAACAUGAGCAGUGAAGAUUCACCUUGGAGCUAGAACAGAGACAUGCACAAGAUUAUACAGGGGCAGGGGCUCAAGUUUUUUCCAGUCGUUUAUACAAUAUGGAAAUUAAUGUGAAAUUAAAACACAAAGUAUUAAUAGAAAGGUAAUGACUGUCCUGUGUAGGUGACAGUGAUAUCCAAUAGGCUAGGCACUCACGAGGCUGGCUGUGGCAAGUGUAAGUGAAAGCAACACGCACUGGCAGGAAGAACAGCAAACGCCGAUGAAGGAAAAGGGUCUUUGCAGUGAUGGGCGUUACAAGAGAGGGCGAUGGCCAGAGGACACAAAUGGGACGGGGAGGCAGCACGUUGGGGGGGGGGGGGGGGGGCGACACGGCUCGGGCCCGCCAGUGCCCCAACGGGGUCCUAGUUAUUAUUUUUCCUCCCCUUUGAACUGGAAAAUGGCCCACUUCCCACUGGCGAAAACUCAUGAAAUUUGGCAGGACGACCGGGCCUGGUGAAAAAUUUGAUAUUCCGAAGUCGCCCAAACAAGAAAAUGCAAAAUGGCUCCAUAGCGCCCCCUAAGGUGAAAAUUCACACUAUUGACUGUCACGCCUGUACGCUUUGUCAAAAUGACACAAAAAUUGACACACACAUGUAUCUCAAUAAGAUCUACAAAAAAGUCAGUGCGGGCGUAUCUGUCAAAUGUACGCUUAAAGGGUUUUUUUUGCAUUUUUUGCCGAUCCGCACACAUUGGAAUUUCGCUAACUCCUCCGAAGGCUUUCGUUCCACCGGCACCACAUUUGCUCAGGCCAAUCUACACCCCAUGGCCAUUAAAAGUUAUUCAAAUCAUGACGCUGCACCCCAUGGUUUAGGUUCUAGGGGGCGCCAAAGAUAACCCUAAGAUCCACAUAUUUAAAAGUCUUAUAACUUUUUAUUUUUGCCCUCACUGGCCUCCAAGUUUUCUAGGAUGAUGCAAUGUCCAGCCAUCAACACAUUUGUGAAGGAAUUUUUACUCCCCAAAAGAGCGCCCCCCCAUGGCAGGAGAAAAAAGUCCAUUUUUUCUUGUCCCCUAAGGUGAAAAUACACAUUGUUGAGUGUAACACCUGUACGCUUUGGCAAAAUGACACAAAAAUUGACACACACAUGUAUCUCAAUAAGAUCUACGAAAAAGUCAAUGCGCGCGUAUCUGUCAAAUGUACGGUUAAAGGGUUAUUCCGCAUUUUUUGCCGAUCCGCACACAUUGGAAUUUCGCUAACUCCUCCGAAGGCUUUCAUUCCACCGGUACCACAUUUGCUCAGGCCAAUCUACACCCCAUGGCCAUUAAAAGUUAUUCAAAUCAUGACGCUGCAUCCCACGGUUUAGGUUCUAGGGGGCGCCAAAGAUAACCCUAAAAUCCACAUAUUUAAAAGUCUUAUAACUUUUUAUUUUUGUCCUCACUGGCCUCCAAGUUUUCUAGGAUGAUGCAAUGUCCAGCCAUCAACACAUUUGUGAAGGAAUUUUUACUCCCCAAAAGAGCGCCCCCCCAUGGCAGGAAAAAAAUGCCAAUUUUUUCUUGUCCCCUAAGGUGGAAAUUCACACUAUUGACUGUCACGCCUGUACGCUUUAUCAUAUUGACACAAAAAUUGACACACAUAUGUAUCUCAAUAAGAUCUACAAAAGAGUCGAUUCACGCGUAUCUGUCAAAUGUACGGUUAAAGGGCUAUUUUGCAUUUUUUGCCGAUUCGCACACAUUGGAAUGUGGCUAACUCCUCCUAAGGCUUUCGUCCCACUGACACCAAAUUUGCUCAGGCCAAUCUACACCCCAUGGCCAUUCAAAGUUGUAAAAAUCAUGACGCUGCACCCCACGGUUUACGUUCUAGGGGGCGCCAAAGAUGACCCAAAAAUCCACAUUCUUCAAAGAAUCCACAUGCCCCCCCCCCCCCCCCCAUUUGGCAGGAGAAAAAGUUAAGUUUUUCCUGCCCAUCGCUCAAUGGCUCAAUCGCAUCGCUCUCCAGGCAACACCGUAAGGAGGAGCAACCUGCCAUUUCGAUAUAUCAUAGCUGUGUUUGUGCCCUCACUCAUGGUCCAGACUUUUUUCAAAUAGGACAUGAAGUUUGUCUGCAGCGAGUGUUUUGGUAGAAACUGCGCCUCCCAUUCAUUAUAAUAGGAAAUGACCACAGACAAGUGCGCACACCAUCUUUGGAUCUUGAGUGUGACGCGAUCGGGAGGGGGAGGCGGUCGCACUGGGGGCGGCGCGACACGGCUCGGGCCCGACAGUGCCCCAACGGGGUCCUAGUUUGUUAUUAUUAUUUUUCCUCCCCUUUGAACUGGAAAAUGGCCCACUUCCCACCCGCGAAAACUCAUGAAAUUUGGCAGGACGACCGGGCCUGGUGAAAAAUUUGAUAUUCCGAAGUCGCCCAAACAAGAAAAUGCAAAAUGGCUCCAUAGCGCCCCCUAAGGUGAAAAUUCACACUAUUGACUGUCACGCCUGUACGCUUUGUCAAAAUGACACAAAAAUUGACACACACAUGUAUCUCAGUAAGAUCUACAAAAAAGUCAGUGCGGGCGUAUCUGUCAAAUGUACGGUUAAAGGGUUAUUUCGCAUUUUUUGCCGAUCCGCACACAUUGGAAUUUCGCUAACUCCUCCGAAGGCUUUCGUUCCACCGGCACCACAUUUGCUCAGGCCAAUCUACACCCCAUGGCCAUUAAAAGUUAUUCAAAUCAUGACGCUGCACCCCAAGGUUUAGGUUCUAGGGGGCGCCAAAGAUAACCCUAAGAUCCACAUAUUUAAAAGUCUUAUAACUUUUUAUUUUUGCCCUCACUGGCCUCCAAGUUUUCUAGGAUGAUGCAAUGUCCAGCCAUCAACACAUUUGUGAAGGAAUUUUUACUCCCCAAAAGAGCGCCCCCCAUGGCAGGAGAAAAAAGUCAAUUUUUUCUUGUCCCCUAAGGUGAAAAUACACAUUGUUGAGUGUAACACCUGUACGCUUUGGCAAAAUGACACAAAAAUUGACACACACAUGUAUCUCAAUAAGAUCUACGAAAAAGUCAAUGCGCGCGUAUCUGUCAAAUGUACGGUUAAAGGGUUAUUCCGCAUUUUUUGCCGAUCCGCACACAUUGGAAUUUCGCUAACUCCUCCGAAGGCUUUCGUUCCACCGGCACCACAUUUUCUCAGGCCAAUCUACACCCCAUGGCCAUUAAAAGUUAUUCAAAUCAUGACGCUGCAUCCCACGGUUUAGGUUCUAGGGGGCGCCAAAGAUAACCCUAAAAUCCACAUAUUUAAAAGUCUUAUAACUUUUUAUUUUUGUCCUCACUGGCCUCCAAGUUUUCUAGGAUGAUGCAAUGUCCAGCCAUCAACACAUUUGUGAAGGAAUUUUUACUCCCCAAAAGAGCGCCCCCCAUGGCAGGAGAAAAAAGUCAAUUUUUUCUUGUCCCCUAAGGUGGAAAUUCACACUAUUGACUGUCACGCCUGUACGCUUUAUCAUAUUGACACAAAAAUUGACACACAUAUGUAUCUCAAUAAGAUCUACAAAAAAGUCAAUUCGCGCGUAUCUGUCAAAUGUACGGUUAAAGGGCUAUUUUGCAUUUUUUGCCGAUUCGCACACAUUGGAAUGUGGCUAACUCCUCCUAAGGCUUUCGUCCCACUGACACCAAAUUUGCUCAGGCCAAUCUACACCCCAUGGCCAUUCAAAGUUGUAAAAAUCAUGACGCUGCACCCCACGGUUUACGUUCUAGGGGGCGCCAAAGAUGACCCAAAAAUCCACAUUCUUAAAAGAAUCCACCCCCCCCCCCAUGGCAGGAGAAAAAGUCAAGUUUUUCCUGCCCAUCGCUCAAUGGCUCAAUCGCAUCGCUCUCCAGGCAACACCGUAAGGAGGAGCAACCUGGCAUUUCGAUAUAUCAUAGCUGUGUUUGUGCCCUCACUCAUGGUCCAGACUUUUUUCAAAUAGGACAUGAAGUUUGUCUGCAGCGAGUGUUUUGGUAGAAACUGCGCCUCCCAUUCAUUAUAAUGGGAAAUGACCACAGACAAGUGCGCACACCAUCUUUGGUUCUUGAGUGUGACUCGAUCGGGACGGGGAGGCGGUCGCACUGGGGGCGGCGCGACGCGGCUCGGGCCCGACAGUGCCCCACCGGGGCCCUAGUCUUUGUUUCUUUUUAGGGCCCGAGCGUAGCUGCUAAGCAGCUGCGAGAGCCCUCUUGUUCCUGUAGUUUCCUUCUUUUGUUAUUAGGGCCCGAGCGUAGCUGCUAAGCAGCUGCGAGAGCCCUCUUGUUCCUGUAGUUUCCUUCUUUUGUUAUUAUUAUUAUUAUUUUUCCUCCCCUUUGAACUGGAAAAUGGCCCACUUCCCACUGGCGAAAACUCAUGAAAUUUGGCAGGACGACCGGGCCUGGUGAAAAAUUUGAUAUUCCGAAGUCGCCCAAACAAGAAAAUGCAAAAUGGCUCCAUAGCGCCCCCUAAGGUGAAAAUUCACACUAUUCACUGUCACGCCGGUACGCUUUGUCAAAAUGACACAAAAAUUGACACACACAUGUAUCUCAAUAAGAUCUACAAAAAAGUCAGUGCGGGCGUAUCUGUCAAAUGUACGGUUAAAGGGUUAUUUCGCAUUUUUUGCCGAUCCGCACACAUUGGAAUUUCGCUAACUCCUCCGAAGGCUUUCGUUCCACCGGCACCACAUUUGCUCAGGCCAAUCUACACCCCAUGGCCAUUAAAAGUUAUUCAAAUCAUGACGCUGCACCCCACGGUUUAGGUUCUAGGGGGCGCCAAAGAUAACCCUAAGAUCCACAUAUUUAAAAGUCUUAUAACUUUUUAUUUUUGCCUUCACUGGCCUCCAAGUUUUCUAGGAUGAUGCAAUGUCCAGCCAUCAACACAUUUGUGAAGGAAUUUUUACUCCCCAAAAGAGCGCCCCCCCAUGGCAGGAGAAAAAAGUCCAUUUUUUCUUGUCCCCUAAGGUGAAAAUACACAUUGUUGAGUGUAACACCUGUACGCUUUGGCAAAAUGACACAAAAAUUGACACACACAUGUAUCUCAAUAAGAUCUACGAAAAAGUCAAUGCGCACGUAUCUGUCAAAUGUACGGUUAAAGGGUUAUUCCGCAUUUUUUGCCGAUCCGCACACAUUGGAAUUUCGCUAACUCCUCCAAAGGCUUUCGUUCCACCGGCACCACAUUUGCUCAGGCCAAUCUACACCCCAUGGCCAUUAGAAGUUAUUCAAAUCAUGACGCUGCACCCCACGGUUUAGGUUCUAGGGGGAGCCAAAGAUAACCCUAAAAUCCACAUAUUUAAAAGUCUUAUAACUUUUUAUUUUUGUCCCCACUGGCCUCCAAGUUUUCUAGGAUGAUGCAAUGUCCAGCCAUCAACACAUUUGUGAAGGAAUUUUUACUCGCCAAAAGAGCGCCCCCCCCCAUGGCAGGAGAAAAAAGUCAAUUUUUUCUUGUCCACUAAGGUGAAAAUACACAUUGUGUCAAUACGACAAAACAUACAGGCGUAGCACUCAACAAAAUUUUACAUACACGUGUAUUUACAUAAGAUCUUCGAAAAAGUCAAUGGCCACGUAUCUGUAAAAUGUACGGUUAAAGGGUUAUUUCGCAUUUUUUGCAGAUUCGCACACAUUGGAAUUUCGCUAAUUCCUCCGAAGGCUUUCGUUCCACCGGCACCACAUUUGCUCAGGCCAAUCUACACCCCAUGGCCAUUAAAAGUUAUUCAAAUCAUGACGCUGCACCCCACGGUUUAGGUUCUAGGGGGCGCCAAAUAUAACCCUAAAAUCCACAUAUUUAAAAGUCUUAUAACUUUUUAUUUUUGUCCUCACUGGCCUCCAUGUUUUCUAGGAUGAUGCAAUGUCCAGCCAUCAACACAUUUGUGAAGGAGUUUUUUCUCUUUAAAAGAGUGCCCCCCCAUGGCAGGAGAAUAAAGUCAAGUUUUUCCUGUUCAUCAUUCAAUGGCUCAAACGCACUGCUCUCUCGGCAAAAGCGAAAGGAGGAGCAACUUGCCAUUUGGAUAUAUCUUAGCUGUGUUUGUGCCCUCACUCAUGGUCCAGACUUUUUUCAAAUAGGACAUGGAGUUUUUCUGCAGCGAGCGUUUUGGUAGAAACUGCGCCUCCCGUUCAUUAUAAUGGUAAAUGACCACAAACAAGUGCGCACACCAUCUUUGGACCUUGAGUGUGACGCGAUCGGGAGGGGGAGGCGGUCGCACUGGGGGCGGCGCGACACGGCUCGGGCCCGACAGUGCCCCAACGGGGCCCUAGUUAUUAUUAUUUUUCCUCCCCUUUGAACUGGAAAAUGGCCCACUUCCCACUGGCGAAAACUCAUGAAAUUUGGCAGGACGACCGGGCCUGGUGAAAAAUUUGAUAUUCCGAAGUCGCCCAAACAAGAAAAUGCAAAAUGGCUCCAUAGCGCCCCCUAAGGUGAAAAUUCACACUAUUGACUGUCACGCCUGUACGCUUUGUCAAAAUGACACAAAAAUUGACACACACAUGUAUCUCAAUAAGAUCUACAAAAAAGUCAGUGCGGGCGUAUCUGUCAAAUGUACGGUUAAAGGGUUAUUUCGCAUUUUUUGCCGAUCCGCACACAUUGGAAUUUCGCUAACUCCUCCGAAGGCUUUCGUUCCACCGGCACCACAUUUGCUCAGGCCAAUCUACACCCCAUGGCCAUUAAAAGUUAUUCAAAUCAUGACGCUGCACCCCACGGUUUAGGUUCUAGGGGGCGCCAAAGAUAACCCUAAAAUCCACAUAUUUAAAAGUCUUAUAACUUUUUAUUUUUGCCCUCACUGGCCUCCAAGUUUUCUAGGAUGAUGCAAUGUCCAGCCAUCAACACAUUUGUGAAGGAAUUUUUACUCCCCAAAAGAGCGCCCCCCCAUGGCAGGAGAAAAAAGUCCAUUUUUUCUUGUCCCCUAAGGUGAAAAUUCACACUAUUGACUGUCACGCCUGUACGCUUUGUCAAAAUGACACAAAAAUUGACACACACAUGUAUCUCAAUAAGAUCUACAAAAAAGUCCAUGCGCGCGUAUCUGUCUAAUGUACGGUUAAAGGGUUAUUUCGCAUUUUUUGCCGAUCCGCACACAUUGGAAUUUCGCUAACUCCUCCGAAGGCUUUCGUUCCACCGGCACCACAUUUGCUCAGGCCAAUCUACACCCCAUGGCCAUUAAAAGUUAUUCAAAUCAUGACGCUGCACCCCACGGUUUACGUUCUAGGGGGCGCCAAAGAUAACCCAAAAAUCCACAGUCUUAAAAGUCUUAUAACUUUUUAUUUUUCUCCUCACUGGCCUCCAAGUUUUCUAGGAUGAUGCAAUGUCCAGCCAUCAACACAUUUGUGAAGGAAUUUUUACUCCCCAAAAGAGCGCCCCCCCAUGGCAGGAGAAAAAAGUCCAUUUUUUCUUGUCCCCUAAGGUGAAAAUUCACACUAUUGACUGUCACGCCUGUACGCUUUGUCAAAAUGACACAAAAAUUGACACACACAUGUAUCUCAAUAAGAUCUACAAAAAAGUCAAUAGGCACGUAUCUGUCAAAUGUACGGUUAAAGGGCUAUUUUGCAUUUUUUGCCGAUUCGCACACAUUGGAAUGUGGCUAUCUCCUCCUAAGGCUUUCGUCCCACUGAUACCAAAUUUGCUCAGGGCAAUCUACACCCCAUGCCCAUUCAAAGUUGUAAAAAUCAUGCCGCUGCACCCCACGGUUUACGUUCUAGGGGGCGCCAAAGAUGACCCAAAAAUCCACAUUCUUAAAAGUCUUUUUGGUCACUGCAGGAGUACAGAGUACUGCAAGAUACACACACAUACACACACACACACACACACACACACACACACACACACACACACACACACUCAGAGUCUGUUUUUUAGCACCUGCAAAAACAUGCUGUUUACAUAUUUGACAAGAAUGCAGAGGCUUCCUUUUGCCCCUGAAAAAAAUUAAAUUUCAAACACAACUUGACUGUUCAUUUCUCCAAAUGACAACCAUGAAGCUCCAUCCAAACCUGAAGCAGGCAGUUGGUGCAUGUGUACAGUAACCUGAGGGGAGUGAGGUGACUGCUUCUGAGGAGAACAUGAGCAGUGAAGAUUCACCUUGGAGCGAGAACAGGGACGUGCACAUGAUUAUACAGGGGCAGGGGCUCAAGUUUUUUCCAGUCGUUUAUACAAUAUGGAAAUUAAUGUGAAAUUAAAACACAAAGUAUUAAUAGAAAGGUAAUGACUGUCCUGUGUAGGUGACAGUGAUAUCGAAUAGGCUAGGCACUCACGAGGCUGGCUGUGGCAAGUGUAAGUGAAAGCAACACGCACUGGCAGGAAGAACAGCAAACGCCGAUGAAGGAAAAGGGUCUUUGCAGUGAUGGGCGUUACCAGAGAGGGCGAUGGCCAGAGGACACAAAUGGGACGGGGAGGCAGCACGUUGGGGGGGGACGCGACACGGCUCGGGCCCGCCAGUGCCCCAACGGGGUCCUAGUUUCUUUUUCCUCCCCUUUGAACUGGAAAAUGGCCCACUUCCCACUGGCGAAAACUCAUGAAAUUUGGCAGGACGACCGGGCCUGGUGAAAAAUUUGAUAUUCCGAAGUCGCCCAAACAAGAAAAUGCAAAAUGGCUCCAUAGCGCCCCCUAAGGUGAAAAUUCACACUAUUGAGUGUCACGCCUGUACGCUUUGUCAAAAUGACACAAAAUUUGACACACACAUGUAUCUCAAUAAGAUCUACAAAAAAGUCAGUGCGGGCGUAUCUGUCAAAUGUACGGUUAAAGGGUUAUUUCGCAUUUUUUGCCGAUCCGCACACAUUGGAAUUUCGCUAACUCCUCCGAAGGCUUUCGUUCCACCGGCACCACAUUUGCUCAGGCCAAUCUACACCCCAUGGCCAUUAAAAGUUAUUCAAAUCAUGACGCUGCACCCCACGGUUUAGGUUCUAGGGGGCGCCAAAGAUAACCCUAAAAUCCACAUAUUUAAAAGUCUUAUAACUUUUUAUUUUUGCCCUCACUGGCCUCCAAGUUUUCUAGGAUGAUGCAAUGUCCAGCCAUCAACACAUUUGUGAAGGAAUUUUUACUCCCCAAAAGAGCGCCCCCCCAUGGCAGGAGAAAAAAGUCCAUUUUUUCUUGUCCCCUAAGGUGAAAAUACACAUUGUUGAGUGUCACGCCUGUACGCUUUGUCAAAAUGACACAAAAAUUGACACACACAUGUAACUCAAUAAGAUCUACGAAAAAGUCAAUGCGCGUGUAUCUGUCAAAUGUACGGUUAAAGGGUUAUUUGGCAUUUUUUGCUGAUCCGCACACAUUGGAAUUUCGCUAACUCCUCCGAAGGCUUUCUGUCCACCGGCACCACAUUUGCUCAGGCCAAUCUACACCCCAUGGCCAUUAAAAGUUAUUCAAAUCAUGACGCUGCACCCCACGGUUUAGGUUCUAGGGGGCGCCAAAGACAACCCUAAAAUCCACAUAUUUAAAAGUCUUAUAACUUUUUAUUUUUGUCCUCACUGGCCUCCAAGUUUUCUAGGAUGAUGCAAUGUCCAGCCAUCAACACAUUUGUGAAGGAAUUUUUACUCCCCAAAAGAGCGCCCCCCCAUGGCAGGAGAAAAAAGUCAAUUUUUUCUUGUCCCCUAAGGUGAAAAUACAUAUUGUUGAGAUUCACGCCUAUACGCUUUGUCAUAUUGACACAAAAUUUGACAAUCACGUGCCUUGCCUGGUAUCAUUUUUUUUCAGCACAACCUCACCUGUGCGAAUUUACAGUUAUUUUAUCAUGUUGACAUACUGAAUUUACACAAUGGACCCAAAUUCACACACAAAACAUAAAAUCCGAGUGGAAAAAAGUAACAUUUUUACUGUGAAAACCACAAAUAUGUGUGAUGAACUGUUUUUAAAACUUAAACUUCAAAUAAAAAUUGUAAACUUCAAAACAUAUGCAAAUUUUUAACAAAGAACAUAGUGAUUUACCUCUAUUUACAUCAAAAUGCAGGCAAUGGCCCAGGCGUUCUUUGUAAAAUUAUUUACAAAACACUGUAUAGUCUCACAAAUGUCACUUUUUAUUUAUGCCACUACAAAAAAACAUGAUGUAAAUGAUGCAUGAUGUAAAACAUGAUGUAAAAAACUUGUGUAGAUCCUCCUCUAUGUCAGUCCAUGUGUAAUUUUUCCAUAAUUCUUUGUUUUUUGCAGCAUUUUUGUUAGUGUAACUGCAGAUUGUGCUGACAGUGUCUAUGGCACAAAAAAAAAAAAAAAUUAAAAUGCCUCAACAUGAACCCCUGGUGGUCUCUGAGGGUGAAACCUGCUAACUGCUGCAGCUCUGUCAGCUUCAGUCUCCCGUGCAGAGCUCUGAGCGCAUGUGUGGCUCUGCACCCUUAGCAGCGUUGCUAACUCCUCAGUAAGGAAAGCCUGCUUCAUGUCAGAGUCUCUAAACUCCAGAAGAAGUCGAUAAAAGUCCCUUUCUUUCUAAAAAAAAGUCGUUAGGGGGUCUGAAAAGUCAUUGAAUCUAACAACAAAGUCGCUAGGUUUGCAACUACGUGUCCCAGACUGCAUCCCUGCUGAGAGUCCCUCCCUCCCUUCUCAUGUUGCAGGAAGAACGUAAGCGCCCUCCCCUUGUCAAUCAGUCACCAUAUAAUUUUGGAUUGGUUGUUGUGGUGAAGUUUUCCACCAAUAGGAGAGAUGUUGUGGUGUGUUUUUUUUUUCUUUUGGCAAGCCUUUUCCGCCUGUAAGACCUGUCGCUAAUGUCUGCAUGCUAUGUUUUCCUGUCUCAUACAGCGCGAUCGAGCGCCGAACGUGAUCAAAAUAAGCAGAAAAAAAGUAUCGCGGACAUAAUUUAUCAUAACUCUGGUUUUAUUUGGCCUAUCAACACAAUUUAAAAACUGGUAUAUAGGUUGAGGUCCUCACUUUUGAGAUAAGUUGAAACAGAGAGUCAACGAGGCUCCGUCUUGCAGCUACAUCCGGUUAAAUAUGUCAUGUGACUUGAACGCACACACAGACACACACACACGCACACACACACACACACACACACACUCAGAGUCUGGUUUUUAGCACCUGCAAAAACAUGCUAUUUACAUAUUUGACAAGAAUGCAGAGGCUCCUUUUGCCCCUGAAAAAAAUCAAAUUUCAAACACAACUUGACUGGUCAUUUCUCCAAAAGACAACCAUGAAGCUCCAUCCAAACCUGAAGCAGGCAGUUGGUGCAUGUGUACAGUAACCUGAGGGGAGUGAGGUGACUGCUUCUGAGGAGAACAUGAGCAGUGAAGAUUCACCUUAGAGCUAGAACAGAGACGUGCACAUGAUUAUACAGGGGCAGGGGCUCAAGUUUUUUCCAGUUGUUUAUACAAUAUGGAAACUAAUGUGAAAUUAAAAAACAAAGUAUUAAUAGAAAGGUAAUGACUGUCCUGUGUAGGUGACAGUGAUAUCCAAUAGGCUAGGCACUCACGAGGCUGGCUGUGGCAAGUGUAAGUGAAAGCAACACGCACUGGCAGGAAGAACAGCAAACGCCGAUGAAGGAAAAGGGUCUUUGCAGUGAUGGGCGUUACCAGAGAGGGCGAUGGCCAGAGGACACAAAUGGGACGGGGAGGCAGCACGUUGGGGGGGGGGGGGACGCGACACGGCUCGGGCACGCCAGUGCCCCAACGGGGUCCUAGUAUCAAUUAAGAACUGCAGAUUACAUCAACACCAUUGUGCUCAAAUCUGUUGUCAUUUUGAUCAUUUGGAAGUGUACUUCAAAAAUAUUGUUGACACAGAGAAUUGUGGGGAAUUUUUCAUCUCUUCCGCAACAUUUUUAGAUAAAGAGAAACAAUAGGGUGUGGUCAUGAAAAGUUAGACAUGAGGGCACAAAUGCACUAUUCAGUUCACAUCUAACAUGCAGCAACACUGGAAGCUUUUAACAGAGUCACACCGUCUCUUACUGAGCUAUUUUGGUGCUCUUACUUUAGUAUCUUUUACUGUUGUUUUAUUAUGUUUUAUUCAUUCUUUUUUAAAUUUCAUUCUAUGUUUCUUUGUUUUUAGAUUUUAACCUAAACCUCCAGUGUUUCCUUAUCUUGAGUUUUAAAAUGACGUUUCCUCAGUGCACACGUUCCUGUUUCCACAAAAUCAAGCCCUUUUUAGGUUUAUGCAUUUUAAUACUUUUUCUGGUUGUAGUUAGAUCAUGAGAGGUUGGACUGAGGUAGAUUUGGGUAUUCUUUGUUUCUUUUAUUCUUUUUUCUGUGUAAAGCACUUUGUGCCACAUGGUUGUCUAUAAAAAGUGCCAUAUAAAUAAAGACUGAUUGAUUGAUUGAUUGAUUGAUUGAUUGAUUGAUUGAUUGAUUGAUUGAUUGAUUGAUUGAUUGAUUGAUUGAUUGAUUGAUUGAUUGGCAUGGCUUCACGCUGAGUAUGAACAAAAAGUAGAAGGUGCACAGUUUAAGAUUUAUAAUAAAGAUCAGACACAGUGAGAAAAAAAUAGAGGAUGUGAUACAGGUGAUGGGAGUUUCCUCUGAUGUGGCAGAGAUUGAUGAGCUGACAUGAAAAUAUGGGGAAGGAUUAGGGGUGUCAUGUUAAUGAGGGUUUUUCUUCAGUGUAUCCUAGAGGGAGGGUUAAAGUGUGUGACUACAAAUAAAUCAGCUUAUAUAAAAAUUGAUCAGCAUUUGCCCUAGAGUAAACUGCAUAUAUCUGACGUAUGAAGCUAAAAAUACAAAUACACACAUUUCCCAUGAGUAUUUUGUAACAUCAUGAUGAAAUAAUAGUCUUCACCAUCUGUUUGCGAUAUUCAUGCAGGAAAAAAAUAAAUGAUAAUAUAACCUGGGUAAAUGUCAUAGUAUAAUAACAUGUUUAAAUAGCAGUGAAUGUGCACACACAAUGUCAGCCGUCUGUCAUGAUUAGUGCUCUGUGUCCGCUUGUGCAAAUGCAUGCGGGCUGAGUACUCACAGGACUGCAGGGCUCAGAUAAGGAGCAGCCAGUGUGCUGUGGGUUAAGCCAGGCGGGAUAAACCUCAUCUGUAUGUCCUGCCAGUGAGGAACAGGAGCUGUGAGAACCAGCAGCACCAGCUCACAAGCCUUCAUGGUGCAAAGAGUGGAUCAGAAACUCUUCUUGUUACCCCUGGUUUACCCAGACCUUCAGCAAAUAUUACGCCCAGGCUCAGACACUCUCAAACAUGCAUAAAUUUAUCUUGCUAAUCUCCUGAUUGAAAUUGGCUGCAUGCCGGGCUGAAAUUUGGAGGAGAGUGCGUGCAGUGCAUUGCAACAGCAGCUCUGAUAACAUAAUAACUAACUUGUAAAUCUUUGCCCUGGCACUGUCAUGGUGUGGAUCUAUUGUUAAUGUGCCUGUGCAGACACUAAUUGCCCGGUAGCUAAAUGGCUUUUCCAGUGUGUUGAAAACAUAAUCUAAACACAAGAAUGCAGCGUAUAGUAAGCAAAAACAUUUCUGUGGGACUGAGCUGGAUAACAUACAUCUGAGGGUUUACAGGAAAUGGCAGAUGCCUCCACUAAGAGUCAAUGAGCCCUGACUUCCUCAGCAUAUUGAGAUCCACUCAGGAUUUGAUGAGCUUUUGAAGGGCAAAUAUGCACCUUACCAUCUGACUGCUGCUGCUGCUGCAAAGUGGGCCAUAAGGUGGUUUGGCUGCCACUGAGCAAGCAAAGGAGGCCUGGUGGAACAGGAGAGUAGAGGAAAUGAUAAGGGAUGGAGUGGGUAAUGAUGAAGAAAAGACAUCUGUAGUACAGCUCACAGCCAAAUGCAUGGAGAUUUAGUCAAAGGUGAUGACUGGGGGCUGAGAGAGCAGAGUUAUUCAGGUGUCUGUACCUAUUGCUCUCAACAGAUGAAGAACAUUAGAGGUUUAAAACAAGGAAGACAGUCAACAACUUUGUCCCCUCCAAGGUUUUAAACUUGCUCUAACGAUAGGCUGCAGCCUCCAGAACAAGAUAACUACAAAUACACACCCCUACAGGCCUGUGUGAGCAUAAUAUCAUGAAACAGCCACACAUCCAAGUCCCAAAUGCUGCAGAGAACAGGAAGAGGGGAUUCAUUUUCUCCUCUUUGAGCCCUGUGGGACACAACUUCAGUGAGAUUGUGUUCUGCAGAGGUAAGGAGUAGGGAGGAAGUCAGCUAAGGGGCUAAAAACAGGAAAAGCCAACCAUUUAGUCAGGAGCUCAGUGUGCAAAAGAUAUUCCAGUUUAACUUUGUGAAAGCAGCUCUGAAUGAAGCCUGAAUCUCUAGAACUAAAAGGAGACAUAAAAAAAAAUGCAAAUAAUUGAUAACUGGUAAUAAGUACUUUGUUGAUUAAAUGAACUUCUGCAUACUCAGCAAACAGUGACUGAUUCCUGAAGGAUGCCUCCAUUUUUACUAAGAGGGCAAAAUGUGCCAAAAGAUGGUUGUCAUGAAGGGGAUAAUGACAUGGACUUUGCUCAGAAACAAAUAACAUGAACAAAACUAUAAGGUUUUUAACUAUUUACAUCCCUUCAGAACUGUCCUCCAAAUACUCAUAAGAUGCUACACGCUUACUCUUGUCCAUCCAUUUGUUAAAAUCUGAUCAAAUUACACUGUUACCGUCUUCCCACAACAACAGCAAUUAAAACAAUCUUACAAAAAGAGCUUCUAGAUGUUGAAUCUGCUACUCUGUGUUCUAUUGUUAGUUUACUGUCUUUGUUCACUGUCUUAUGCUGUCUGCAGAUCAAUCAAUCAAUUAAUCUGUCAUUAUGAAGGGCUGAUUUUUUGGAAGUGUCAUCCCAAGUUGAACAAGAAAAAAAAAAUAAUAAUAAAGCUGGUCUAGAUCAGACUCCAUUUACCAAAACAGACCCAAUGUAAAGAUGGGAUCAGACUGAGUUCCAUCCUGUGAGAUCAGACCAACUUCCAUCCACCUUCAACCACAAGAGUGAAACACUUGAUAGCAUUUAUUAACAGACAGAAACCUCAAGCAGAACCAGACUGAUGUUAAACUGUCAUCUGCUUAGACUGAGCGGGGUUUAGAGAGGAGAGAGAGGGAGACGGAGAGAGUGUGUGAGAGAGAGAGAGAUGGACAGAAGAGAGACUGAUGCUUGUCAGCAGCUGUAAAGCAGCAGGUCCACAACAGUGAUCCAGAUGAACCUACAGGAUGAUAGAGCUCAGGGACUCCCAGAAAAGACUUAAUUAGUGACUCUGAUGGGGCAUGAUAAUCCAAAGUUAAUGACACAGAGAGAAAGAGACAAGAAUCUGUGUGAAUGCAACUAACAACGCAAAUAAUAAUAACAAUAAUGAUGAAUUUUAUCUUUAGUGCACUUCUUAUUGAGGAAACAAUCUCAAAGUGCUACAGACAUUACAACAAGAAAUUUAAAAGUCCAUACUGAAAAUCUAGCUAAAAGCUUUGUUAAAAUCGUAGGUUUUUAAGCCUUUUUCUAAAAACGCCCACAGUUGUUGGUGCUCUCAGGUGGCCGAAUUUUCACACUUUAACCAGGAUCUGGGCAGCACAGUUCUGUUAAUACAACUAAUGUGGUCACAGUGAGACUUCAACAAUACAACAAUAUUAUGUAGUAACAAGGACACAAUCUAUUUCUGACAACUUAAUACCUUUUUAUAUGAUGUCUGUUUUUAAUUUGGUAUCUAUAAUUUGGUAAGAAUGCCAAUAACUGUCCUUCAACUUAACCAAACAUGAAUUCUGUAAUGAAGUAACGGCAGAGAGCUGACGUUAACAGCUCAUUUUACUACUUUACUACUGUGUUUGGACCUUUUUUUUACUAUUAGACUAACGAUGAGCUGAGUUGCUGUGAUGUUUUGGGACUAGUGAUUGUGAAGCAUGAUUUGGAGACUGACUGGAGACUGACUUCUUCUGGUGUAUGGUCUGAGGCACUUAAGUGGAGUGGAUGAUGCUGUCCUCUUCAUGCUUCACUGUGACCUGUCUCGUCUGGAGGAACCUGGGGUUUAUGUGAGGAUCAUGUUCUUCAACUUUUCAAGUUCAUUCAACACCAUUCAAACCACCAUACUCAAAGACAAGCUCACAGAGAUGGAAGUGGAUCCUUCCUGUAUUCCUGGAUCACAGAUUACCUGACAGGAAGGCCACAGUUUGUCAGGCUGGGGAACUGUGUUUCUGGGACAUUAAUGAGCGGAACAGGGGCUCCACAAGGGACAGUGCUGGCUCCAUUCCUGUUCACACUGUACACGUCAGACUUCAAAUACAGCACUGAGUCCUGCCACAUCCAGAGAUACUCAGAUGACACUGCUAUCAUGGCAAGUAUCAUAAAUGAAAAAGAAGCUGAAUACAGAGAUCUGAUAAGAGCCUUCAGUGACUGAGUUGCUGAGGAGGAGGCAGUUUUUGUGACAAAAGAAAUGAUCAUAGACUUCUGCAGAUCCUACCCUCUGUUUCUUUUCAAGAAAAUGAUCUGUGACCCUGUCGUGAAAGAAGAGAGUCUCCAAACACAAUGCUAGUUGUCUUUAACAAAAGGUAGGAGUCUAUGAGCGUUUGAUAGGAGUCUAUCUUGAUGUGGCAAUAUUUGCCCACUGUUCUUUGAAAAACCGCUCCAAAUCUGACAGAUUGCGAGGCCAUCUCCUUUGCACAGCCCUGCACAGCCCUCCUCAGAUCACCCCACAAAUGUUUGAUGGGAAACAGGUCUGGGCUCUGGCUGGGCCAUUCUAAAGUCUCAAUCUUAUCCCGGUGAAGCCAUUCUUUUGUUGAUUUAGAUGUGUGCUUUGGGUCAUUGUCAUGCUGAAAGAUGAAGUUCCUCUUCAUCCUCAGCUUUCGGCAGAAGGCCGAAGGUUUUGUGCCAACACUGACUGGUAUCUGGAACUGUUCAUGAUUCCCUCCACCCUGACUAAGGCACCAGUUCCAGCUGAAGAAAAACACCCCCAAAGCAUGAUGCUGCCACGACCAUGCUUCACUGUAGGUAUGGUGUUCUUUUGGUGAUGAGCAGUGUUAAUUUUGUGCCAAAUAUACCUUUUGCAAUGAUGCCAAAAAGUUCAACUUUCGCUUCAUCAGACCAUAACACAUUUUCCCACAUGCAUUUGGGAGAUCUCAGAUGUCUUUUUGCAAAAUUCAGCUGGGCUUUGAUGUUUUUUCUUUGUAAGAUAAGGCUUCUGUCUUCCCACCCUACCCCAUAGCCCAGACUUAUGAAGACAGCAGGAGAUUGUUGUCUCAUGUACUACACAGCCAGCACUUGCCAGAAAUUCCUGCAGCUCCUUCAGUGUUGCUGUCGGCUUCUUGGUAGCCUCCCUGACCCGUUUUCUUCUUGUCUUAUCAUCAAUUUUGGACGUUCUGUUCUUGGUAAUAUCACUGUUGUGCCAUAUUUUCUCCACUUGAUGAUGACGGUCUUUACUGUGUUCCAUGGUAUAUUUAAUUCCUUAAAAAUUCUUUUGUAGCCCUUACCUGACUGAUAUCUUUGAACAAUGAGAUCGCUCUGAUGCUUUGGAAGCUCUCUGCGGACCAUGGCUCGUGCUGGAAGAUGUGGCUACAAAAAUGUUAGGAAAAGCCUACUAGAACAGCUGAACUUUAUCUGGGGUUGAUCAGAGGCACUUUAAUUGGUGACAGGUGUGUGCUGACUCCAAUUUAACCUGAAUUGGUUAAAUGAACACAGCCACAUCCCCAGUUAUUAAAGGGUGUGCACACUUAUGCAACCACAUGAUCUCAGUUGUUUAUUUUUACUUCACCGCCCUGAAAGAUUUCUGUUUGUUUUUCAGUUGUGUUGUACAGGUUAUAGGUCACAUUAAAGGUGGAAGAAGUUGUGAAAUUAUUUAUCUUGAUUUAAUUUUUUUACAUCACAAAAUCCUGGCAGUUGAACAGGGGUGUGUAGAUUUUUAUAUCCACUGUAGGUGUACAUCUGGAUAAAGUUUGACUGGUCUAAGAACAUCCAUCAACAGAAAGGGGCAGAGCCGGCUCUUUUGCCUGAGAAGACUCCAAUCAACAGACAUCUGUAGUAAUAUGCUGCAGUUGUCAGUCUGUGGUGGCAAGUCUGUUUAGUAUCAAACACAAAGAUGUGAGACAUCCAAACAAACUGGUGAAAAAAGCUGGCUCUGGCUCUACACUGAGAAAGGUGGAGACUAUUCUAAAGAACAAUCAUUACCCACUUCAUUAUUGUAUCGUAUAUCUUAUUCUUAGCUUACUGUUUUUUAAUAGCUGUUAAAUGUCCAUUGGACAUAGGAGGUCAUUCAGAGCUUAUGCCAGGUGGUUGAUGUGGCUGGUAUUCUGUGAAUGCACCUUGUUAAAUGCAGUAAGCUGUAUAUUCUAUGGUAUAGAUUUCAGCAAAGUCCCAAAUCCCCUCGAGGCUUUUUAAUAAUUCCGGUACCCGGGUUAUUCAAGGGGACAGUUCAGCCCUAGACCAGAUGCAGAUACAGAAAGCAAUGUCCCAGCUUACUCCUGUUACCUACUGCUCACUUUCUCUGAGUCAUAGAGUGCUCAUUAUACAAAGCAAUACUCUAGCAGCAGCAAUUUGCACGCCAUAUUAACAGAGUGUUCACUGUGGCUGUUAAUGGGUCACUAAACCAUUGUGGAAAAGCUGAUUGUUGCAUGUGGAAAGGUAUGAAAUAUUCAAACAUAGAUCAGUCCAAAGAUUUGCAUUGUCCUAGCAGCUAACAGGAGUUCAUGCAGGUCCAGUGGUGAAUGCUCAUUCUCUUUCUCUACUAUUCAAGCCCCCACAGUAACACUGAAAUAAAAGAGAUGGAAAAACUGGCACCAUCUUUGAGUCCUGAAUCCAGUUUUUAUGAGUACAGAUGAAUUCUGCUGUUCAUAUGUUAAGAAGUGAACUUAACAAGAUCAGGUAGGAAGCUUUUAUUGUUGUUUUCCUUUGUUGCAUGAACCAGUUCUUUGUUUUCCCAUUCAAGGCUUUAAGAUGAAGUUAAUAAAUUGGUUUAAAUGGAAGAUUUGCUCAGAGAUUAAUACAAAAUAACACCUUCAUUAGAGGGAGUCCUGAGGACUGAAGAGAGGAGAGUUUGGUUAAAAGUUAGAUAAAAUGUAAGAUAUAAAAACACAACCACUGAACUCCCUCCGCCUCAGGACUUAAACUUUCUAUCACUGUGACAAUAAAGUGACUGGUUAAAUGAAGUAUAAUGAUCACCAUUAAAUCAGGGAUCUUAACUUUUCAAAGGCUGGUAAUUUUUUAUAUCAGCCUUUCUCAAAGUGGGGUGCUGUCUGACUGUGUCAGGGGUGCAGUCGUAAAAAGACCUACUCUGACAUUUCAUAUAUAAAUAUAUGAGUAAAUGCAUAAAUACAAUCUUUUUACGUAUAUGCCUGAAUAAAUAAAUGAGUAAAUUCGUUUAAGAUAAAUAAAGCAUUAAAUGGAUCAUCAGAAUCUGUUCCACAUGCCCAUUGUCAAUAACAUGUCACAAAGUCAAUUGCCCAGCCCACCGGGGUCAGUGCAAGGUCUGACUGCACAGCAUAUCCUUUUUUUUUUCAUUUAACCAUGAAAAUACUUUUGAUCUCACAAAGAGCAAGGAACAAGCAGCAGCAUCAUUGAUUGUUUUUGAAGAAGAAAAUGAAUGCAUAAAAGCUGUUAAAGACUGACAUGUCUUAACAGAAGUAGAGGAUCAGGCAGUUCCCAAACUGAUGCAGACACUUUGAACUUUGCCUCCAUCUUUAGGGCUGUCAAAAUUAUGUAUCCAUAUGCAGUUAUCCAUAAUCAUCCUUAUGCAAUCAGUCAAUAAGUGAUCCAUCCCCUCUCCCUUUACCUCUCUCUACCUGACAUGAGUAGGAUCUCUGCAGAACACACAUACAGUACAGGCCAAAAGUUUGGACACACCUUCUCAUUCAAUGAAUUUUCUUUAUUAUCAUUACUAUUUAAAUUGUAGAUUCUCACUGAGGGCAUCAAAACUAUGAAUAAACACAUGUGGAAUCAUGUGUGUAAGAAAAAAGUGCGAAGUAACUGAAAACAUGUUUUAUAUUUCAGAUAUAGAUAUGAUUUAGAUGUAGCAACCCUUUGCUUUUUUGAUAGCACUGCAAACUUUUGCUGUUCUCUCAAUGUGCUUCAUGAGGUAAUCACCUGAAAUGGUUUUUACUUCACAGGUGUGCCUUGUCAGGGUUACUUCGUGACUGACACAACUUUUCAGUCACUCCUAAAUCCUUCUUUAUCAACAAUUACUGUCCUCGACAUGACCUGCCUGAGAACUGAACAGUGUGGGCAAAACUAAACUAUGAAUCAAUAAAUCAUUAUCAAUGCAGCAGUUAAUGCAGCAAACACAUGAGAGAGACAAACACAGGGGGGAGGGAGGGCAGCAAGCAGCAGGUCAGAGGAGCAGGUAUAUUUGCAUGUUGGAGACCGGAGGCUUGAGGGGAUCAGGUAAAGAACCAAGCAACAAUGAAUAUGCCCUCGCACCUCUACACAAAAUCAAAAUCAGUCCCACUGCCAUGACCACACCCUUUGACAAAAACUUAAUAUGUUGAUAAUUUCAGAUUUGUAAUGUGUCUACAAUACACUGUAUGGAAGCAAUUGUGACUCAUAUCUCAAAUUCAAAAGCAUUAGCAGAAAUGCUUUUUCAUUUCAAAGUCAUGGCUGCACUAAUUGACUCAAAAAUAAAAAUCAAAAGCAAUAUUCCAUAAUGCAUUUUCAUUUUCUUCUUCAAUACUGCUCAUUUUGUGACUGAAUUAAAAAGCAAAACCAAACUCUGAAAUGCUUUUUCGUUUUCAUGCUCGCCCCGCAAAAAGUGUCUCAUAAUUCAAUCUGAUUCGCAAUCUCAAGUGGCGCAGGAAAGUGACGUCACAGACCCCACUCGUUCUGGCCCCUUCUGGCCGAUAGGGGGGAGAACGAGUGGGGUCCGUGUUAACCUGUGACUGUAUGCAGAUGUCAGCGGUGUGUCAGAUGUGCUGGUCCUUUUACUCACUCACUUACAGCAUGGAGACGUGGACUCUACACAUUUUAUCUAACUAACCUGUGACAACCUGUACUGUAAUACAGAGGAGCACACCCAAGUUUGACAAGGUGCCGACUAAGGAUCAUUUGAACAAGAACAAUAAAGAAAGUUGCACACUCUUAUCUCCUCUACUGUUUUAUUACCUUACGGUUUCAGAUACUGUACCCCUGAAAUAAACUUUGCAACAACAUACACAAAAUUCAACAUCGAGGCAUGCUGCUGCAGUGUUCGAGCUGUGAGCUGCACAGAAGCAAGCUAACAGCAUACAGUACAGGUGCUCCUCAACAAAUAAGAAUAAAUAUAUUCUCAUUUAUUGAGAUGGGAUACUUUAAUACAUUGUGCAACAGAAGCCUGCAGAUGACUUUGAAAUUAGAAUAUUUUAGUCCACUGAAGAUAAUAUGUGGAGAGUCCACGUCUCCAUGCUGUAAGUGAGUGAGUAAAAGGACCAGCACACCUGACACACCGCUGACAUCUGCAUACAGUCACAGGUUAACACUGACAGAGACUGCAGUGAUUCUGCCUCUGUGCCAUGUAUUUUUAAGGCAUCUCUAUGACCAUUUUGUCUGUUUCUCACUGUUUAUGGCCCUUUAUUUGCAAAAUACCCCAAAUCCAUCGAUCAGUAAUGAGAACAAUAAAGAGUAUAAAGUCCGUUAGUCAAUUGAAAUAGCCGCGAUCCACGGUUUGAUUUCAUUCACGCUGACUGCGAUCAGUACGAGUGGUGACAGCGGACGCUUUUCCACAUUAAAGAGGGAAAUAUUUGUAAUAUAUCUUCAUUAACACCAAGUGUUUCGUUUCUACUUAUUUGAAGCGUGGAUAAUAGUUGUGGAGACGUCCACACAAACAUUGAAUACAACCAACAAGCGAGGUGUACAGGCUGUGUUAAUUACAUUGAAUAUCAAUUGAACGAAUGGUACAUGGAUUCACUGCCCCCUAUCGGCCAGAAGGGGCCAGAACGAGUGGGGUCCGUGACGUCACUUUCCUGCGCCACUUGAGAUUGCAAAUCAGAUUGAAUUAUGAGACACUUUUUGCGGGGCGAGCACGAAAACGACAAAGCAUUUCUGAGUUUGGUUUUGCUUUUUAAUUUAGUCACAAAAUGAGCAGUCUUGAAGAAGAAAAUGAAAAUGCAUUUUGGAAUAUUGCUUUUGAUUUUUAUUUUUGAGGCAAAUAGUGCAUACAUGACUUUGAAAUGAAAAAGCAUUUCUGCUAAUGCUUUUAAAUUUUCAAAUUUGACAUUUCAAAUUGAAUUUUGUUACCUUUUUGCUGGUGAAUGUUUUGAAAAUUAAAUGUUAAAUGUGAUUUGCUUUUGCUUUUUAAUUUAGUCACAAAAUGAGCAGUCUUGAAGAAGAAAAUGAAAUUGCAUUUUGGAAUAUUGCUUUUGAUUUUUAUUUGUGACUCAAAUCGUGCAGCCAUGACUUUGACAUGAAAAAGCAUUUCUGCUAAUGCUUUUGAAUUUGAGAUAUGAGUCACAAUCGCUUCCAUAACACUGUGCCAAUUUGGAGUUGAUCAUAAUAAUAAUACAUUUUAUUUAUUAGGGCACCUUUCAAGGCACUCAAGGUCGCUUACUGUAUAGAUAAAACAAUACAGAACAUUAUAAUAGAAUAUAAUAUGAUAUAUGAUAUACAUAUUUAAAAAAAUAAUUAAAAUAAGAUUAAAAGUACAUUAAAACCAAACACAAUAGAACAAAGUAAAACUAUGUGGAGGAGGUCAGACAGGUACGGAGGGGCAAGGUUGUGAAUGGUCUUGAAGGUGAGCAGUAGAAUCUUGUAUUGGAUGUGGUGUGAGAUUGGGAGCCAGUGGAGCUGCUGGAGGAUUGGUGUGAUGUGGUGACUGGAUGGGGUCCUUGUGAUAAUACAGGCUACUGAAUUCUGUACUAGUUGUAGUUGCAGUAGUUGAGUCGGAAAGUGAUGAGACUGUGGACCAGGAUGGCAGCUGUGUGAGGUGUGAGAGAGGGGCAGAGGUGGUUGAUGUUGUGAAGAUUUAGGUAGGCUUAGCGGGUUAUGUGGCUGAUAUGUGGGGUGUAUGAGAGUGUGCUGUCGAGGGGGACACCCAGACUAUUUACCUGGGAGGAUGGAGAGAUGUUGGAAUCAUCUAUGGAUAUUGUGAAACUAGGAGAUUUGGAUGGGCUGGUUUUUGUGCUAUGAGUAAGAUUUCUGUUUUGUUGCUGUUCAGUUUAAGGAAGUCGGAUGAAAACCAGGGUUUUAUUUCAGGAGGCAGUCAGUGAGGAAGGAGGGAGGGAGGGUGGACUCAGGUUCAGUGGAGAUAUGGAGCUGGGUGUCAUCCGCGUAGCAGUGGAAGUUUAUGUGAUGUUUCUGGAAAACGUAACCAGGGGGGAUUAGGUAAAAGAUUAAAUUGAUCAGGAUUUGCUGCUUCCAAUAUUAACCCUUUUAUACUACCUCCUCAAAACACAAGGAUGCAAGACAUCUGAACAAACUGGUGAAAAAGGCUGGCUCCAUGGUUGGACUCACUGGAGGAUGUGGUGGAGAGAUCUACACUGAAGAAGGUGGAGACUGUUCUAAAAAACAUGGAUCACCUACUUCACAACACCUUAAUGGACCAAAGGACCAAGGAUGGUGGACAAUCUUUUGUACCCACAGCCAUCAGACUUUACAGCUCUUCUAUAAAUAGUAGAUGACUUUUUGAGACAUGACAAAUGAGACGACAAUUGAAUUUCCCAUUGGGGAUCAAUAAAGUUUAAAAUGUUCACUUGAACAUUUUAAGUGGAGCCGAAGAGCAAUUAUUAGCAAAGUUUUUGCACAAGGCCCUUCAAAUAUCUAGAUGUAAAAUGUCUGACCCGUGUGCAAAAUAAAGUGAGUUUCAUGGCAUGUUCAAGCCUCAAACAAGCAAUUGAUUCAGCGAAAAAAAAUAAAAAUAAAAUAAAAAUGCUGUGCCCUCUGUGCUCAGGCCCUCAUAAAGUGCAAAUAUUAUUAGGAUGUGAUAAAGAAUCAUUCAGAAAUAGGAUAGUAAUGUAUAAUAAUGCAGCCCAAGUAAUUUCACUUAUGAUUUGGUGCUCUCCAGGAACAUGAUCCAUACACUGUAAGUGAUUAAUACUGAGCCUGUAAUUAACCAGAUUAUUUCCCUUAAUUGCCCCAGGGCACUUCUUCCCAGCUUUUUGCAGUUUGUGCUGUUUCCCCAGUGACAUCUUUUGCAUAGAAAUUACUCUGGUUAUUAGACAGCUGGUUCUUUCAAGAUGAAAUUCUGUGAGAUUCUGCAAGUGUUGCAUUUACCAAAAGUGCUGUAUGAAGAGAUUUUGUUUAUCCAAGGGACUGUCUAUUUACUCCCUCUGCAGCUGGGAUAAACCUGGUGGAUUCUGUGAAUUAAAAUCAAACAAACAAAUCUGACCCACUUUCAGUUGAACUGUAAUGAAAAAAAAGUGGAGUUAAGCCACGUAGACGCUUUGAGCAAAAAGAUAUAUAAACAGAGUUAACACUUUGGGGGAGGGCCUGCCAGUAAUAGACUGGAGGCAUAGACGUCUACACUAGAGAUAGAAGGCGCAUUAUAAGGAUUCAAACUCAGAUAAUGUAGAAGAUCUUCCUGUUUGUGCGCUUGGAUGUAAACACUGAUAACUUGGAAGUCAGUAUAAUGGCAUAAUCAUAUGUCCAUUAGCCUUCGAGGUAAAACUCUAUAACACAAACUAAGUCUUUGUUUUGACAUAAUCCUUAUGUGCUUCAUCAUACCCUCAUCCUCCCUUUAUGUCUCAUUCAUAUAGACAGAAUUGAUUGAAGAAGCUUAUUUGGUGAGGUGGAGUGAUAAAAAGUGCUGUAGAUGCUGAUUGACAAAGAAAUUAUUCAAAUAAGUUGGCUAAAAGGCUUCACAUUCUCCCAGAUAGAGAAGACAAAAACACUGAAAUUUGUCAUAUAAGGUUAUUUUUCAUCUUGACCUGGGUGUGACAUUACAAGGAGAUGUCCACUGUGGGACUAUGGUGGAAAAGAACUUGGUUAGCAUUAAAAACACUGGUAACAGACCAUUUGGCUUUGUGACAGGUUUGUUGGUUUUGGACAUUUAAAGCCUAUGAACCCCUUCAUAAAAGUUUAUAGGGCUUUAAGGUGCAGUGCGACAAUCCUCCUGUUUUAAAAUCAAAGCCACAGCUGACAGUAUUCCUGCUGUUUAAGCUGAUAUUGACACACAAUCCUGUUAGCUACACUCUCUUAAUCAUGUUGUUGUGACUCACUUCAAGCUCUGCAUUAGCUGGUUUGUGUUUUUGACUCUGCGUACCUUUCUGAAAGCACACAGGAGCGGAUAAGUGCUUCGUGCUGUUGUUAUCAGCCUGCUGUUUCCUCAGCAGAACAUGCUAUGCUCUCCUGUGUGUGUGUGUUCUCAGAGUAUUUACAACCCAUGUAUUAAUAGCCUGUCGCUUCUUUCCCUGACAGACCUGACUGAGCGACGCUGGAGGAGAAAGAACAGACCAGAGGAACCUGCUGGAGACAGUCCAAACAGAUCCCCUCACCACAGCUGUGAUGGUGGAUGAGGACAUUUGAGACUUCUUUUGUAUUUGAAGUCAGACCCGAAAGUUUUGUUGGACUUUCUGAGAAGCUGUCAAAGACUCUGUACAGAAAAAAAGACACUUAAUUCUACCCUAAACUGUAGUAUGAUGCUCUUAUGUACCGUCAGUCCACCUCACAAAGCAUCCUGUCACGUUCAGGUGUGAGGGACUGCUGUUCAAACAGACAGUCUUAGAUGGAGAAAAGAUAACAUCAUUAAAGCUUUAAGGGUUUGAUUCAAAAGCUAAGGAGGAAUGAUGUAAUGUGACUAAAGCUGAAAAAAUAAUAUGUCUGUGGUUUGUUCAUAUUUGAAAAAAAAGAAGUAAUUGCAUGAAAAAUUAAAGUUUUAUUCUGUGACCUGCUUUGCAGGAUGUAGUUCAGGGCUCAGAAAAAACAACAACCACCUCAGUCAAUACGUUUACAUGAUUUUAAAACAGCUGAGUUAUUUCAUUUGCUGGAUUUAAAUUGAACCUUUACAUGUUAGCCAGACUAAGACUGCACUGUGUUGAAUCCCUCAAAUUUGGAGUAACAUACCUGGAUAAUGCAGUUGGGGAUCAAUCAUGUCUUACAUUUAGAAAACCCCUAAACACUCUGCGCAUGCUCCACAGUAUGCACAACAGGCUUUGACCUGAAAGAUGAACUGUGUAAAUGUUUGAGGAAAAAGGUAGAACACAAAACUUUUACAGAAGAUGACAAGAGAUGAAGCUGUUGUACCAUAGGGACGAAAGGUACAGAGCUGUAAAAUAGCUAAUGUUUUUACCAUUUGACAUGCAACCACUUAGCUUCCUGCUAAUUUGUUUGUUGAUUGUUUUGGCAUGGGAGACAUUCUCAUUCAUGGUUUUCAUGUGGCAUCACACAGCAAUCAUGGCGCCAUCAAGGACAGACCCGGGGCUGAGCAUCAGCGAUUCACUAUUCUGUGUAUUACAGAGUACCAGGGUCAUAAAGAGGAUUUUUAAGUUUUAAUGGCUCCAGUGAGUAACUGUCGGCUUGUGUCAAUUUUAGCAGCCCCUGUGGACAGAGGGGAACAUCCAAUCUCUUUACCAAUCUUUCUCUAUUCAAGCAAAGGUAGUGUUUAAUGAAAGAGCAUGCCAUCCUGCUUUUUUAUUGUCAAAUGGACCUCUCAUUGGGCAUUUCUUCAAUUUGUCAUCUUGUCUGGGACUCAUCCCCUUAGAAAAUUAUAAUAUUAACAUUGUAGAGGAACAUCACUGUUAAUUUAAGUGUGUUUCAUUGCCUUUUCAAAACUCUUCAUGGUAGCUUUAUUGUAUCCACAAUCCUCUGUCAUAGCUGUGGGCUGCAGCAACAGUAAAUCAAAAAAAGACCUGACUGGCCCUUUAAACUUUGAUGUAUUUGUACAUUUUUCUUGCAGACCUUCCCUAAGCAGCCUCAUGUUGUGUUUACACCAAAUAUCAAAAGAUCACUUGGGUUAGUGACAUACACUCACCGGCCACUUUAUUAGGUACACUAUGCUAGUAACGGGUUGGACCCCCUUUUGCCUUCAGAACUGCCUCAAUUCUUCGUGGCAUAGAUUCGACAAGGUGCUGGAAGCAUUCCUCAGAGAGCUUGGUCCAUAUUGACAUGAUGGCAUCACACAGUUGCCGCAGAUUUGUCGGCUGCAUAUCCAUGAUGCGAAUCUCCCGUUCCACCACAUCCCAAAGAUGCUCUAUUGGAUUGAGAUCUGGUGACUGUGGAGGCCAUUUGAGUACAGUGAACUCAUUGUCAUGUUCAAGAAACCAGUCUGAGAUGAUUCCAGCUUUAUGACAUGGCGCAUUAUCCUGCUGAAAGUAGCCAUCAGAAGUUGGGUACAUUGUGGUCAUGAAGGGAUGGACAUGGUCAGCAACAAUACUCAGGUAGGCUGUGGCGUUGCAACGAUGCUCAAUUGGUACCAAGGGGCCCAAAGAGUGCCAAGAAAAUAUUCCCCACACCAUGACACCACCACCACCAGCCUGAACCGUUGAUACAAGGCAGGAUGGAUCCUUGCUUUCAUGUUGUUGACGCCAAAUUCUGACCCUACCAUCCGAAUGUCGCAGCAGAAAUUGAGACUCAUCAGACCAGGCAACGUUUUUCCAAUCUUUUAUUGUCCAAUUUCGAUGAGCUUGUGCAAAUUGUAGCCUCAGUUUCCUGUUCUUAGCUGAAAGGAGUGGCACCCGGCGUGGUCUUCUGCUGCUGUAGCCCAUCUGCCUCAAAGUUCGACGUACUGUGCGUUCAGAGAUGCUCUUCUGCCUACCUUGGUUGUAACGGGUGGUUAUUUGAGUCACUGUUGCCUUUCUAUCAGCUCGAACCAGUCUGGCCAUUCUCCUCUGACCUCUGGCAUCAACAAGGCAUUUCCGCCCACAGAACUGCCGCUCACUGGAUAUUUUUUCUUUUUGGACCAUUCUCUGUAAACCCUAGAGAUGGUUGUGUGUGAAAAUCCCAGUAGAUCAGCAGUUUCUGAAAUACUCAGACCAGCCCUUCUGGCACCAACAACCAUGCCACGUUCAAAGUCACUCAAAUCACCUUUCUUCACCAUACUGAUGCUCGGUUUGAACUGCAGGAGAUUGUCUUGACCAUGUCUACAUGCCUAAAUGCACUAAGUUGCCACCAUGUGAUUGGCUGAUUAGAAAUUAAGUGUUAACGAGCAGUUGGACAGGUGUACCUAAUAAAGUGGCCGGUGAGUGUAUAUGUCAAGUCAAUGUUAAGACACAGAUGUGAAUUCUUGUCACGCAAUACGAAUGAUGGGGGGACGGGCAUUGGACGGAUUAUAUGCACAAAUAUGGUGAUCCAACUCUUUACUCACUUCAUUCCCGUUUUCACCAGAGUUGAAAAAUCUGAACACAAGUGAAUCCUGUGUACCACAAUAGCCAAUCAGCACGAAGAUUGCCUGGUGAGGUAUGUCAAUAUGAGCUGGUGAUGGAGCUCUCCGAGAGGAAAGUGAGUGAGGACACAACAAAACACAACAAAACCUCUAAAUAUGGUCGGCCUCCACCAUGUUUGAUGUGAACAGACUGAAGAAGGAAACCCCUCCCGUCUUACAUUUUUUCAUGUUUAGGCACUCCUGCAGAAAAAACAUGGCACGCAAUAGAGUAAGUCAUUUGGAGUGAGCCAAAUGCAGGCAUCAAAGGUAAAGCAAAUUAAUGGUAGUAUUUUUAAAUGCAUUGCUCGCUGUAUGAACUCACAUUUGGUUAACAAACUAACAGUCUUGUAGGUUUACAUAUAUUAUUGCCAAUGAACCUGAAUCCCAAUC